AUGGGGGGCGGGAAGCAGAUCCAAUAUUUCUGCGUGCAGAAAGAGGGCGGGGAGUGGGGCUUCAUGUUCUGGAGACGAAGGCGACCUACCCGGGCGUGCGAGAGGAGAGGCGGUGGCAGCGGCGGCGGCGGCAGUGAUGACGGGCGGUUGGCCGGGCCCUCGCUCGCCAACAGCCCGCCCCUCGGGCCCGGCCACUGUGGAGCCUCCGCCCCUCAGGCGUCGCCCGCAGCCGCUGCGAGGUAACAACAAACCGCCCCCUUUGGCCGGUUCCCCUCCGGCUGCGGAGCGACGAAGUUACCCCCUCCCCUCGCUCCUGCCUGCCGCAUAGCAACCCUGAAGCUCCGGCGGCAGCGGCGGCCCACCUGACCUCCUCCCCUCCUCCCCGCUAUGUCGAGGGGGGAGGUGGGGGCGGGGAGGAUUCCAACUUGGACGAACGUUGCCGGCGCCCCUCGGCUUAGGAGAGGGCAGGCGCGGGAGAAUCAAUGAGGGCAAGAGAGGGGCGCUGCCAGAUAGUGUGCCAUUGACUCCGCCAGCGGGGGAGGAACCCGCGCGACCCUUCCUGCCAGAUAGUGAGAAGCCUACGCCCCGCCCCUCCUCUUUCGUCACUCCGGCCAGGCCCGCCCCGCCUUCCUCCGCCGUAGGAGGUGCUGCUGCUCCUGCGAGCCAGCCAGAGCAGCCGAGGCGGCAAGAGGGAAACACAAAGGCGCGGGCGCUGCCGAGGUAAGCUGGCUCCUCGCACCCUGCUCCUCCGAGGGGUGCACUGGGUGGUAUCCUGAGCGCUGGGAGUCCGGGAGGGGCGGCUGGUUGUUCAUGUACUUAACCCUCAUACGUUUCUCGCUCAGGGGUGGGAGAUUCAAAGUGUCCCUGUUGCUCUUGGGGGGAUUUCUCUCUGCUUCCUCCCACUUUCUUUUUGGAGGGAAGGUGUUCUGGGGGGAUUUUUUACGUCUCCCUCCGUCAGUUCCGCCCACAUCCUGAGCCAUGUUUAAUUCAAAGAGAGUCCAGCCUCACCCCCAUCCCCCCUCACCCCAAUUCAUGAUACGAGAUAGCACUCCGUUUAUUGUUUUGGGGCACCGUGUAGGGGGUGGGGCGUCACCAAUGAACCUUCCGUGGAAGGAGGGCCUUUUGCUCAUCCUAACUUCGGAGUUACUUAUACUGUACCUGCAUCUGAGCACUAGGUGUGUAACACCGCCUCACAAAGUGAAUUUGUGAAUACUCACGUUCACCUUGUUUUUGGCUGCGGGGAGGGGGGAGUUGAGUGUCAUCUAGAUCUGAGAGCUCAUUCAGACCGGGGGAGGGGUUGAAACUUCAAAAGUUCUUUUAAGCCCUUUAGAUUUGGGGGCCCUGCUGACGCUUUUUGUUUCACUGGGGUGAACAACGCUGAAUGGGCUAAUGGGGCUUGGGCUCACCUUUAUGCAUCCUUUGUGAGUUGUAGCCAAAUGGUUUGCGGCAUCCAGAAUGGCUGCCCUGCUUGCUUGCAGCUUGUGCAAACUAGUCAGUUUCCUAAGUGUUCUGUCCUCCAGCUAAUUGCCAUUGCAUCCUUCACUUUGUGUGAGGUCCAGUUCCACUGAUACUCUGCCAGUUGAUCAUCUGUGUUUUCUGUGGCUCCCCACUGAGGUGUGUUUUCCACCAUCUCCCAAAGACUGUCUUUGGUAUCUUACAUUGACACAUACUAGGUGUUCAUACUGCUGUUGCUUGUAAACAUGGAGCAGAUUGCUUGUGCUGUUUGUCUUUUAGAAGUGUACACUGCUAUUAAUGUUGUGUUCUGAGUUAUAUUUUUGGAGAGCACCCUUUCAUGGAUAUUGGCAGUGCAGAUAGGAUAUUCCUCAACUGUCUGUGCCUAUAUCUGCCACAAAUUAUUCUAUUUACUUUGUUCUGUAUUUGGUGGCUUGUUUCUUUGGAUGAAAUUCAUAAGAGGACUUGGAGGUAGAGAGAAGAAUAGCUUUCUAUGACCAUUCAGCAUUAUCUGGCUUUCCUUCUAUUGGUAGUGUAGCUCUGUUCCAAAUACAUCAUAGUUAGCCGAAUUAGUAACCUCCAGGUAUGCCAACCUUGGUGACAUGGGCUUCAUUGUUAUUAUGAUUUGAUGAGUGAAGUGAUAUUAGAUAAAAGUGAGUGAAACUUUUUGAUUUCUUUCCUUUGUGAUCCUUUACUAAUAAAAAUCCAAAACUUAAGUCUAUAGGCUUGCACAGUCUAUAACUCACAAGUCAAACACAGUUUCUUAGUCAUGCAUUGUGAUCUGCCAAAUACUUGAAAACCCAACCAUUUUAAAAAUAAUGCUAGGCAUAUAGCAAAAAAAAAAGUUUAUAAAAUUUCAGGGGGUUGUCAUACAUAGGAGAUCAGCAUUUGACUUGGUAGGUCAUUCAUUGCAGGUGCUUGCUCUACACAACAGUAAUUGAGCUGCUUUUGAUAAGGCACAUGGUAAGAACUGUUAUAGGGUUGCCAUACGUCCUCUUUUUCAUGGUAGAGUCGUCAAAGCGAUCCAUAGUUAAAAAUAGAAGUCUGCAAGUGUGUCCUCUUUUUUGCUCUUCAAAAUAUGGUAACCCUAAUAUUGUAUUUUCUUGUGUGUGUGCAUACUCCUGGGAAUUUACUGCUCGAGUGCAUGAAUAUGGGCAUGCACUAUGGCUAGUGUGUUUUAGGAAGCUGCAUGUUAAUUUAGGAUGUAUCAUUAUAAGUCAUUGUUGACUUAUAAAUAUAACCACAGUGAAAGUAAUUUGUAUGCAGAAAUAUACAGAUAUUUUAUCCAUGAUGCUUAAACCUGUGGGGGAGAUCAUUUUGCAUAGAAGGGUAGAACAUUAAAGUGCUUCACUGAUAAAUUUCUGCUUUUCGUUUUCCCUUUCUAGUUUCAUGACAGGUUGAAGUGCAGUUAUCUGUAUCGGAGUUCCACAGAGCUAAAAGAAACACACAUUCCCUUCUCCUUGCAAUUAUUCAGUGCCUUCUUUGCUUGGUGGUCUUCCUCUUGUUGGCAUAGUUAGUGAAUCUGUUUCUGCUCUCUUUACUAGGCCUUAAAGUACAGUGGUACCUUGGUUUAAGAACAGUUUAGUCUAUGAACAACUUGGAUUAAGAACGCUGCAAACCGAGAAGUAGGUGUUUUGGUUUGUGAACUUUGCCUUGGAAGCAGAACAUGUUCGGCUUCCUGUUGAGUGUGUUCCAUUUGUAAAUUGAGUCCCCCGCUGCUAAUUAGAGGCUUCUUAUUGUGUCUGUUGGCUGUUGAGUCCCGAGCACCCAUGUAACACAGAGGUGAUAUUUUGUUUUUGCUAUAUAUUUUUUGUGGUUUUUUUUACUGUGAUUUGCUCUUUGUUUUAUGGGAUUGACUUGUGACUGUGGCUUGUGAUUUCGUUUUUGUGACUUGUUUUUGUGUCUGUGUAGAACCCAGUUCAGCUACUGGUUGAUUGUGUGACUGCAGAAAUGGAUAAAAGCCCCCCAUCCAAACAAUGACUAUCAGUGCACGUAAGAAAAAAAAAUUAAAUUUUUUUUAUCAUCUAUAAUACGGUCUUAUUUAUUUUUAUAGUACAGUAGUAUAGUACAUUGAUUAUUGCCUUCAUUUUAGGGAUCAAUGAUCUCGUUAGAUAGUAAAAUUCCUGUUAAAUUGCUGUUUUAGGGGUUGUUUUUCAUUGUCUGGAACGGAUUAAUCCAUUUUCGUUACUUUCUAUGGGAAAGCACGCAUUGGUUUAAGAAUGCUUUGGUUUAAGAACGGACUUCCAGAACAGAUUAAGUUCGUAAACCGAGGUACCACUGUACUGGGAGUGGGAGAAAGUACAGGGCAACAUAAUUUUGUUGCUACCCAAUUGAUGCUGCUGCGAAUCUGUUGCAUCCAGGAUUCAAAGGCAGAAAUGUAAGUGAUGAUGCUUUUGUAUUUGACUGGAUUACAAAACAAGCAGUGCAUUUAGGGCUUGAUGUUAGAAACGUACUUUCAAAUGUUGCAGGGUACAGAAUACCUUCAGGUAUUUGGCCAAGGAAUACAUUGUGGGAUUUUCACAAGCGUAUGCCUCAUGCAACAGAGUGGCAAGGCCUUUGCACAACACAGCCUCCAGCUUUUGUUAUUUGUUGCCUACUUCAGAUUCCUUCGCCUUCUGCAUCAUGUUUAAGAAGUUGGUCUAUAUUUGGAAAUUCUCACACCAGUAAGAGCAACUGACAUGUGAAAGGGUAGAAGCUUGUUUCAAUCUGGACAAACUUCAAUUUUUUGAAGUCUGUGAUAAAUAUAGUGACAAAUAUGAAGAAACAAAAUCUGAAUUUUUCUCAUCUCUUUUUAUGGAAAUGAGUGUUUUAUGUCUGCUUGAUACUGCAGAGAAAACACAAUAAUUUUCAGAAUAAAGAACAAUUUGUUUUACUAUAAUGUUUUUGCUUUCUGUUGUUAUUAUUUGUUGCCUGGUCCUUAUAAACUGGCACAACUAGUUUCCUUACAAUUCAGUAGUUUUUAGCUCCAUGUUUAACAAAAACUUUAAAGAAUAUAUUCAAUUUGUAAUUAUUGUCUGAAGAAACUGUACUUUUAAGAACUAGACAUGAUGUUUCUUUGGUAGACAGAGUUAUACAUAAUGCAUUCAGAUUCCUAAAGUAAUGACAUGAAUUUUGAUACCGGUUCUUUCCUGAGAAAAAGGCAAGGAGGAAAUGUUUAUAGUGGACCCUCCGGAUACAAAUUAAAUUCAUUCCAGGAGUCCAUCCACAACCCGAAAAGUCCGAAGGCAGAGGCGCCGCUUCUGCGCACGCACGUGGCGUGAUUGAGCGCUUCUGUGCAUGCAUGGGCGGCGAAACCCGGAAGUAUACACUUCUGGGUUUGCCAUGUUUGUAACCCGAAAGUUACGUAUCUAGAGCAAUAUGUAACAUCUCUAGCUUGAACUAAAUGAGAAUGUUUGUUUUUAAAAUGGUGGGAUCGUAUCAAUAAUGUCUAGUAAUGGAACUUGGGUAGGUAGAGAUGAAUCAGUCUAUUUCUGGCCCAUGUUGACAUCACAUAUAUUCAUUUAUAAGCCAUUCUGUUUCAUCACUAAUGGCCUCCCAACUAAUUAAAUAACUAUUAAUAGCUAUAAUAACUAUUUAAAUCACAAAAAUGAAUUUAAAUAUUUUUCUUUAUCUCUGUAUACACAUUUCUAAAUGUAUUUUACCCUCAAUUGUGUUUUUAAAAUGCUGUUUGGUGUGUUUGAAUCAAGAACUGCAUUGCAAAAUUUGGAGAAGUACGAAAUCCAAAGGACAACCAGGUUCCAAUCUAUGUAUUAGUCUAGACUGUACAAAAUAGAUCAAACUAAAAAUGGAGACCAAACUAAAUUUUCUUCUGUCUCUAAUCCAGAAUUUGGAGGCACUUGCUUACAUCUUACAGACAUUGGUUUUAAUAAGGGGAAUGAUUUUGUUUAAUUAACAAUUUUAUGUAACCAUACUCUUCUUGGUAUAAGAGGGAAAGAGUACUGGUAUUAUAUUUCAUAGUGGACCUAUGGUGAGAGAUUUAUUGGCAAAUAAUAUUCCACACACACACACCCCGGAUAAUCUACUACUAAUAUGUUUUGUGAUGUUGCUGGAUAUUUCAAAAUCUAAGAUAAAUUUCAGAAUUUAAAUCAAAUCAGUUGCCAGAAAUUCAGUAAUUUGGUAUGCUGUAAACAAAUUUAUGGUUUUUGAAAUAAUGUUAUACUUUUUGUGUCCCAUUGUAAAUAUUGAGGAAAGUUGGGACAAUUGAGAGAAAUUGGUAUUAUAGAGCAACACAGUAAAUUACAGGGAAACAACUCUGUCCCAUUUCUUUCACUCAUAUCAGUGUUAUAUUCCUCUCUCUCUCCUUUGAUUGCUGGAAAUGCUAUAUAUUCCUUUCCUACAUGGUUAGUUCCUAAGUCCUUGAAAGAACAAUAGCCAGAAAUGCUGUGUGUGUAUUGGGGUACAGAUGAGGUGUUAUAAGGGUUCUGAAGGAAGGAUUAAUUUGGAUUUCCCCAUAUGCCCCUUUUGGAUCCUGGCCAGUGUUAACACAUCUUCAAGUUCUCUGCAACAAUGCAAAGGAGAAACCUGCUCUUCAAAAGAAUGUGUUAUAGUUCUAAGCCUCCAAUAUUCUGUACUUCUUUAUGUUAUUUGCAUUGCAAUCACAGCCAUGCAGAUGUUCAGACACCAUGCCAGUGGCUGUUGGCCAAGAUAUGGCAUUCAUCCUUACUCUGCAGGUGUCCAUGAGCCUCUGAUUGAUGGAAGCUGGGAUUGAAUGGCAAAGGAUGAAUCACUCUGUUAUUGUUCUGUUUUCCUGCCAGGUUUCUUGGUACUAUUUGGUACUUUGCUGUAAGCUAAGAGAAAAUAAAUGGAUAGUUAAGCAGCAGUGCAAGCUUCAAAGUGAGGUUGUGUAAUGCCAAUCGUUGGAUUUAUGAAGGUGAAUUAAAAUACAUUAUGUUGGGUGUUAGAUCAGUGGAGGGCAGACUUUAGACUUGUGAGAUGUGUCUUGUGUUUUACUAGAACUAUGAGAUCUACCAACUGGAGCAAAGUACCAAAAUAUAUUGUUUUUUUCUUAAUAUGUAUAUUAAUAAUAUAAUAUAUAUAAAUAAAAAUGCUGGGGUUUUUUUCAGAAUCAGAACCAAGCUGAGCUCACCACCCUUCUACACAAUUAUCAGUUCCUGGUUACCUCAAGCUUUCUUCAUUUCAGCAGUCUUUCCUUUUUGGGGGGGAUGGGUGUCAUUUUAUUAUUGGUUAUGUUGACAUUAUUGAGAGGCAGAAAUCCUUGCAAAUCACCCAGAUGAGGAUCUGCUGGUAGAUUUCUGUCUACUGCACACCACUGAUUCAGAUAUUUUGGUCUUGUUUGAAAGUUUGCAGUACUGUAUAAUGUACUGAGGUAUAUUUCAGACCUAUAGUUUGGGUUUUUUAGAACACAUCUCAAAAUAAUAAUAUAAAAUAUGUCACAAAAUAUUCAGCUUUUUGAAAUACGAUUUAUACUGCUAUUGCUGCAUAAAAGGUCUCCAACUGCCAUAGUUCAUUUCUAAGUGUUCAGGAAUCUUUGAAAUCAAAACAUGACUUAGAAGUUGGUUACCGAUAGCUUGCAAUCUAAAGGAAGUUUAGAGACUGAAAUAAUAUCUGCUAUCCAUUUGUUUUUAUUUUUCAAGAUACACGGAAAAUGUUUGACUGCCUUGUGUAGCAGUUUCUUUUUAAAGCUAUAAAUACUCCUCACAGCACAACUGGUGCUCUUUGACACAGUAAACCUAAAGCAAGGAUCAUAGUUUGAGACUCUUCCGAUUGUUUCAGGAUUAAAAAAUGCACCCAGCGAGUGUCUUUUCUUUCUAGUUACCUUUGGCUUCUGUAUAAAGUUGUUACCAGCUAUAGUUAGAGAUGAUCCUACUAUUGUAGGUAUACAAACUUGAAGCAGCACUAAGUUUUUGUUAUAAGCUGAUAAUGUGGUAGUAAUUAUGAAAAGCUUGAUUAAGUUGGUUUGGAAUUUUUCCACAUUUAAAAUCCAGAUAAACAAAUACUAAGCAUCAACAAUACAUCACUGGUAGUAGAGUCUCCAAAAUUUCACCUGUAGUUUGGGUUUUUUUUAUUAUGCAUCAAUGUAAUCAUUCAAAUAAUCUAUUUUAAUCUUCAAACGAUAUUCUGUGCUUUCUGCGUCUAAACAUGGGGCAUACCUACUGUGCUAAUUACUCAAACAGCAAGAACACAACCAUUAUUCAAACAUAAUAAGUGGGACAUAUUUUGCAUUGUUGACUUGCACUUCUGUAGAUCCCCAAGAGAGACACUUUUGAAUACAUACCUGACUAGUAAAGUUUCACCACAUCUAUUUGCUUAACCGUUAUGAUGGUGCUUGGAUUUAAUAUAUUAAGUGAUCUUUUAGUUCUAUGCGAACAAACCCUGGCGUGGCUGCAAGGAAGAGAUUGGAAGCAUCCAAUUUCACCUUGCAUUCAAGUUGCCCUUCAAAACUUCCAUGCUGAUUCAAGCACUAUGUCUUUUAUAAAGUCAUCCAAAAAUCUCUGGAUCAUCUGAUAAUGGCCAGUGUUGUGUCUACAAAGAUUGCCAUGCAGAACUUUGAUCUCAAUCUUUCAAAAUUGUCUAUAAUUUUAAGAUAGUGAUCUAUUAGUUACCUCACAUGAUGUAACAUUUCUAGUAUCUUGGGUUAUUUUCAAGCAUCACAAGAUUACUUACUUUCAGACUAUUUCUACCUCAUGCUCUAUGGCACUUUGUAUACUGUGUUAAUCUCAGGAGUGUGUGAGCUUCUUGAAGUUGCCUAGGGCGACUUUAUCACCCAUUCUCACCCCAAUCUAAUAAGGGAGGAUAAAGUAGCCACUCAGUGUUACUCCAGACAAGGUGAGGUUAGGAACCUGGUAUCACUCUGCAAUAGGGCUGGAUGAUAUAUAUCGUCCAAAACCUAUUUGAAGUACAUAUCAUGAUAUAGGAUUUUGACUUGGCAGUACAAUGGUACCUCGCAAGACGAAUGCCUCGCAAGACAAAAAACUCGCUAGACGAAAGGGUUUUUUGUUUUUUGAGCUGCUUCGCAAGACGAUUUUCGCUAUGGGCUUGCUUCGCAAGAUGGAAACGUCUUGCAAGUUUGUUUCCUUUUCUUAACACCGUUAAUACAGUUGCGACUUGACUUCGAGGAGCAACUCAUAGAACGCGGUGUGGUAGCCUUUGAGGUUUUUAAAGACUUUGGUGAUUUUUGAAGCUUUUCCAAAACUUUCCCGACACCGUGCUUCGCAAGACGAAAAAAAUUGCAAGACGACAAAACUCGCGGAACGAAUUAUUUUCGUCUUGGGAGGCACCACUGUACAUUGCGAAUCAUGAUGUAUGUUAGAGCUGGGUGAUAAAUAACUUAAAACAGGUUUCAAGUCCAUAUGAUACUGGUUUCCUAAUUUUUACCUGGCAAUAUAUUGUGAAUAAUGAUCUGUGCAUGUGCUAUGCAAAAAACACAAUGUGGGGAAAACCAUGAAGAUGGCCAAUGCCUCUACAUAGCUCCAUCCUUUUUCCAGGAUGUCUUAUUUUUAAUAAAAUACAUUUUAAUCCUGCAGAAAAUAUUUUUCUCUUCCCUCUAUCUGCUUCUGGUGUGGGGGAGGGACACAUGGAAUAUUCUGUUUUCCAUGUGAUGGAAGUGACUUAAAUUAGAAUCCUUAUGGAUUUCUAAUGGUGAAAGAUUGAUCUCACUCUUUUUCUUUGUGCGGCUUGGCAUUCAAAAUAGGUAUGACUCAUGUAUGGCAUAUAACAGAUUGAAAGGAUGAUCAUAAAAUUCUUUUCAGAACCGUUUGCAUAGGUUUUUAGAAAAAAAUAAAAUCAUGUUGUUCCACUUGAGUACAGGCAUAGUGCCCAUUUGUGAGCUCAGUGAAACCCUGUGUUUCCCCCCUGGCAAUAGGACCUCAGAGGCAGAGAAGAGGAAUGUUGCAGGUGAUGGGAGGUCCAUGUGCCCUCUCAUAGUCCUUCAUCCUGCCAUUGUGCUAAGGCAGAGUCUAGAUAAGUGGUUCCCAAUUAGCUAAUUACUGAGGACCCCCUAUUUUUCAAAAGCCAAGCCAUGGACCCCAUAUUUUUUGAACAGAAUGUGGGGUAGCCCUUAAUAAGCAAAGGACUUUAGGUAUAUUAAAAACAACAACAACAGACUAGGGCUGAGAGAUACCUGGUUUUCAACAUUGUGAUACGUCAGUGGCUAUACAUUGUGAUAUUCUGAUAUAUCAGAAUGUCUGAAAUUGGAGAUCAGAUGUGGCGGUGAGGAAAGGAGCAGUCGCAGAGGUCGGGCGGGUGGGGGAGGAGAGGAAGCGGAGUCACCUUCACUGCAUGGUUUGAGUGGGAGGGGAUGGGGUUGGGGGUGCAUCAAGCUGCUGUCAGCAGGGCAGACAGUGGUGGCAGCCAGUGAAGAUGGACAUCCACUGUGACUGCUGCUGCUUUCCUGCUGACUUACGUGAGGAGUGAAAUAUUGCUGUGUAUUGCUGGGUCAAAAUUGUUAUUGCCAGAGGGAUUUCAAAACUGAUUUUGUCCAAUAUAUUGAAAAAUCGCACAGCACUAAAACAGACCACAAAAUUUGUGAUAUUGGCAUGCAGAAAUGACAAAAUAAUAGUUGGGGUGGAGGCAAAGGAUGGGGUUGCGGACCCCCUGGGUGCGUUCCACGGACCUCCAGGGGUCCCUGGACCCCUAAUUGGGAACCACUGGUCUAAAUCUUUUAUCACAAAAUGUGUCCACAAUAUGUAAUUAAUUAUUUCUGUAGUUCUUUCAAUAAUACAAAGUAUAUUGUAUUGUAUUAUCUAUCAGGUUGUCACAAUGUGAUGAAAACUUAUCAACUCACUGGGCCAUUAUCCAGGGAGCCUUUUUUACUUGAGUAUUGAUCUGUUUACACAUAUAACCUUUCUUCUGUCAUGAAAUACCAGGCAGCAUACAUGUUUUACUAGGUAACUUUCCUUUGGCACUGACCAGGCCCAGACUCACUUAGCACUGCUACGCUGGUCACCUCAUGUGCCUUCAUUCCAUACCAUGAGACGUGUGUGAGUGCUUGUAUCUGCAUAUGUGAGCUUGCAGCAGCAGCAUUUGUCGCAUUGAAAACUGUCUUUGAACUUUGGGAGUUGAAAUAGCUGAGCCUGUAUCAGGCCCAUAGAGAGCUUGCCCAGGGUAGCCAGUCCGAGUCGGGUGCUUCCACCAACUUAGCCCCCCCAAGGCCUGGGGCAAGUGUAACCCAGCUUCUGCCUCCCCCGGUACAGACCUGGCUUGAAUGGAGGGGAAAGAUUGUGGGAGGCACCUGCUGUUUAAAACACUUAUUUAUUUAUUUUUUGCACAGACAUCUUCCCACAUGCUUUUGGUUUGAGCUCAAAACCUUCAGGGUUGCAGUUGAGCAAAAGUUAGAUGCCUCUAACUCAGGCAUGACACACUUCCUUUUUAGUGUAAUUUAUGGUAACUGGUAUGUUUUUUCUCCAUACCUAUUUGAUUAAGUCAAAGCAGAUUUGACAAUUGUCUUUAUCCUCAAAACAUGAAUAGAAGGAUAGUGAAGAGAGUAUAACCAACCUGGUGUGCAUACCAUUUCUCCUUUUUCAGGGGUUUGCAACAUAUCUAUUGAAUUUCUUGAAUCAAACUUCAGCAAAACAUUUACCUUCAGUUUCCCCCUUGGUCUUAGCCUAAGGCUGUGCAUUAAUAUUAAUAUUUAAACCAUUAAUUAAAACAUUUAACAUAGCAUUCAGACAAAGGAUAGCUGAAUUGUGUAAUGUCUGGUUUAAUUCAUAAAGGUGAAAUAAUAGCCUGAAGCUUUACUUUUGAGAGAGGCCUCCACCCAGUAUUCCAACAUAAAACAACCUUACUUCAUCAGGUAAUCUCAUCUUCCACCUUUGUAAUAUAAAUUGUAUGCUGCUUCCAUUGCCUGGGGUUAAAUAAAAUACUCUCGAGUUCCUUCUACUCGAACAAAGGUUUUGUUAGAGUGCUUAGAAAAACAAUAAGGCUCUCUUUUAUACAAGGUGACCUUUGAUAUAUUUUGGCUUCAGGUUUCACAAGGACCUGUUGUAAAAGAUUUUGGUUACAACCCUCACCUGACUAUAAUAUGUUGGUGGUUAAUUGUCAAAACAUGUUUGAAGUUGAAAAGCAAAGCAUGGUUGCCUCAUCGAGUAAAGUGGAGAUGAUUGAAUCUUUUACCUUGUGAUACUUGCACAAUUCUUUAUAGUCUAUUGAUUAGUAGAGCGAAAGCUGCCUGAUAUUUACAUUUUACUAAAUACAGAGUUGUCAAAGUUAGCUCCUUUUACUGCACAAUAAAAAUAAAUCCAAGAGUGCUUUACUUAUUGAUUAACUUGGAGGAAUGUGUACAGUACCUUGCAUAUGUUUCUAAAUUGAGAAGGACUGUCAAGGACAGGGGUGAGCAAUGUGGCCAAGGACCACAUUAGAGCCAGAGGGUAGGAUGAUUUGCAUACACAAUUGGCAUACCAUAGUGAGCAUUCCUCUGCCUCUAGUACCUUGAUUCUUAUGUACCUUGGAGACCUUUAUAGAUCAAGUAUUGCUAACCCACAUUUUUAGACUCCUAAGGUAGCCUGUUAGAAAUCACGAGGUUUGAUAUAUAGGAGUGGAAUUCUCUGUUACUGGAGUGGGGAACCUUUGACCAUCGAGAUGUUGUUUGAUUGAAGCUCCCAUGAUCCUUGAUCACGGAGUUCUGUUGCUGGGCUGAUGGAAUCUAACAACAUCUGGAGGACCACAGGUUUCCCAACCAUGCUAUACAUACAUUCAAGUAAACAUAGGACUUUUACUUGUAAUUAAUUAAUCCUUUUCAGAUUAUGUUCUUUCUUGGUUUCAUAUAUCUUUCUAUAAGCUCAGAAAGCAACACACCUCUGUGUGUUUUUAGCAGGAACCUUUAGGCCUUCCAAAACCUGGAGGGUGGAUUAUUGUAUGUCAAAGGCGACUUUAUUUUCUCCAACAUGCUUCUAAAUGUCAUUACUUUACCCUCAACAGAGCUUAAUAUAAGCCAUAUAUUGUUCAUUAACCUGCUACAUUAAGGACAAAGAUUAAUGAACAUAUGAUAAGCAGUGCUUUAAUUUAGUUUGCAUUUCAAUAGUGUUGAAUGACAAAUGGAGAUAUGUGGGGUGACUUGGAUUAGUAAAAUUUCUUGGACUAAUAGUGUUUACAGAUAUUUGCAAAGCUGACUAGUCUGAUUAGUUUUAAAUUAAACUUUAAUAUUACAGUAUUGAAUACUGUAUUAAGAGAAAAAUUGUAUUUUUUCAGAGAGAUGCCUGUUUUGUGCCCUGCGUGGUCUGUUGUCAGUAGCUGAAGUCAUGCGUAGGUCAGCAAUAAAACAAUAGAGCACCCAAUGUCAGUGAAGUUAACUGUCUAUGCAAGGAAACAAAACAGCUUAGUCCUACUGGUAAUAGUAAUCCUUCCCAGUAGGUCUUGCCCCAAUUAAGUAGUUGCGAGGACUGAAGGUCUCUGCUUUCCCACCGUUCUCUAAGGUGCUUCCCUCAGUUCCUUCCCCAGCUGCCUAAGGCUCCUUUGCCUUGCCUCUUGUUGCUUCACCCUCUUCAUUUCUCUGUGUAUUCUGGGAGACCAGGGGGGAAGGGAGCUGGUCGCAGCAGGAGGGGGAGACUCCCUGGACUCUUCAGCAGCCAUCCUCAUCUCUGUCUCCUGGCCUUCCUCCUCUCCAGUCUCUGAAUCAGAACUGCUUUCUGCCCCAGCUUCUUCCUGCUCACUAAACCCUGUUGUCUUUUCAUCUUCCAACAGCUCCUCUUCCCAGUCUGCUCCAUCUUCUCCCUCUGACUACUCAUCAUCAUCCCCAGCUGGGGAACCUCCAGUCCCCUGACUCUGAGCCUUCUUCCCCUGGGGGUUCCCUUGGUGGUUUCCCAGCUGGUGCCUCCCACCACUCUUCUGAAUCCAGCCAGUCCAUAACAUCUGUAUACUUCUCAGUCAGCUGAUCUAGCCUUCAGGAUUUAGUUAAACCAAAUAUUUCUAUAAUAUUGUAAUUAUAUCUAUAAACUGGUAUUCAGUAAAUUUAUAUUUGCUUUAUCUGUCUUAAUUUGAUGGAGUAUAAUCUACAAAGGUCAGAAUAAACUGGCAAAAAGGUUGUAUGUGACUUAUUCAUACCUGCAAGUAGAGUAAAACAACCAUACUUGUGACAUGCAAGAUGACACAGAUUUUUUCUAUUUUUUCUAAGCUUCAGUUAAAUACACCGCCCAAAAAGAUAAUAGGCUAAUGAUAUUUUAUUUCAGGGGUCACCAGCCCUUGUAGACUAGUGGACAACUUUUCAAAUUUCGAGGGUGUAUUGGGCAUGCCUGUCACAAAGUGGCUACCAGGGAGGGGGCAAUGCAAACACAAAAUGGCUGUGGUAGGAAGUGUUAAAGCAAGUUAUUAAGAAGGCAAGUUUAAUGUAGCACUGCUGUGGAGGUAUGCCCAAUAUCCAAUUAGGUUUGUGUGCCCUACGCAACCUAGACGCCAUAGGCAGAAGGAGUAUUAAUCAACCUAAACUUCUGCUUAUAUUUUACAUUACCAUACAGUAAUGUAUAUUGUGUGGUAUGGGGAAGAGGACAAGAUAUGGGUUCUGAAUGAGUAGAUGUAUAUGCUAGUAUUCAUCUUUGGCUGUCAAGAAUUCACCACUUCUAUGCAUGCUUUAAAUGCAGAAUUAAAUCCCACAGUGUUCAAUAGGACUUUGAACACGACUACAUUCUUAGGGAGUUGAAUAUGAAAGGGUCCUCCAGGAACAUUAAAUAUGACCUAUUUUCAUUUCUACUUCAGUUCUGCGUUGUCUGCAUGAUGAUGUAAUCAUAGUUCCUCAUCUUACAUUCCAAACAAGAAAUAAAGAGCAAGUACCGUUGAUAUUAUACAUUUUGACCUCUUCUGAAAAUAGGAUUAUAUUAUAUAAACAUUACUCGCAAAUCCCACUGCUGGUUACAUAAACUUUAACAGCAUCAUGAUAAAUGCAAGAGGCUAACCUCAGCUCCUUCAAAGUCCCCAACAUGUGCAAAGAGAAUUGAAGAUGGGGGUUGAGCUAUCAACUUGCAAUCAUCUUUGCUCAAGGGACCACAGUUGUGCUCACUCCUGGUGAAUGCAUCUGUCAUCCUUGUGACUUUCCUCAGGAUUGGUCAGAUCUCAUGCUGAGGCUCAUCAGAAAUCAAAGAGAUAUCCUUCACCACCACCUGCCUUUUUCGGGCUCUGGAAAUUAGAGGAAUGACUCCAUCUUUUGCUAAGCUGCCAAUAGGCUUCCAAGCAGUAAGAUAUCUCCCUUCAUGGCUCACAAUGUUUGCAGUGAAGCUGGAGUGACCCCAGAACUCAGUGUGAUGUUACAAGUAAGACUUGUUCCUUCCCCCUUAGAGAAAGGGCAGAGUUGGUGGCUGCCACAAAUUUUGGCGGUCUAUGAAGUCUACCCUAGGUCUUCUUUCCAGAAUUCUCUGUACAUUCCAAAGGGCUCAGGUGUGGGGUUUGUGAUCACUACAUAUUAAAUAUUGUUUGGACACUCCGUAGUAUAGUAAAAUUCAGUAUGAAAACCUAAUCACACAGAUGUUAUUGAAUUAAUAUUUUUUCCACAGAACUCAUGACAGUGGCAUGCAGGGACAUUUAAAUUAUGACACUUGGCUAUGAAAAUAUUAGCAAUUUCUUCCCUUAGUUCUUCCCUACAUCUGCGAAAGGUUAUUUGCCUUUUGGGCUUAAAGUGUCAAAGUGUGAGCAAAGUUACCACUAUACUAGAUAGUAUUCCCUUGGCUGGAAAACACAGUUCACCACUAUAGUGGUAGAGGGCAAGAUGGAAUGAGCAGCAGAGCUGAAAACUACUGAGGUGGGAGGAAGAGACUAUAUGUGCUAGUCAAGGCUAAGAAAAUGUAGCUACUGUUGGAAACACAAAAAGCUGCUUUCUUUUGAAACAUAAUUGUAUAUAUUGUUACAGGUAUCAUUAUCCUAACUGAUGUAGCCAUGUUCUUCAUCUUCUCAGCAGUGCAUGUUUAAUGCCUAAAUGUAAAGCUGUGAACUAGUUCACUCAAAGCUUGAGAUAGUUAUGAACUGAAAAGAUUUGUGACACUCUGGAUGUGUUUGAGUUGGGAGAAUUUUAUCUGAGAACUAGUAUAUUGAAGCAUACAGACUGCAACUCUUUUAUAAACUGAAAAGAGCAGGUGACAGGGAAUCCUUAUUCUCCAAAGCCUAGAAAACCUGCUGACUACCAUUUAGUUCUCUCACAGCUAUUAAAUUGUCCUCAUUGGAUAAAAAAACAGUUUCUCCAAUCACAUGCUGCUUAAUAGGUGACUGCAGUAUAUGUGCUGUGGCAGCAAAAUACAUAAUUUCUGAGGGUUAGGAGAAUGGAAGCAAUUACUCAUGCUUUCUUGACAUAAUAAUCAAGUACAAUGAUGAGCAACACAUGUGCCAUUGGAUCCAUUUUCUUGCAGCCUGGAACCAUUUUAACAAAACAUGUCUCCUUUUUUUGCCACCCCCUCACUUAUCUGGGAUUCAUACCUGCCACAAAAUUAAGGUUACUCUUUCCCUUGAAACUUGUCCCUGCAUUUUUUUAGAAGUAUGUUUUUGAGAGGUUUCUGGUGCCCACCACUAAAUCUGGUGAGUAGGGAAGGAGGUGAAUAGGUUAAUAUUUUCUUCUCAUUUUGUUCAAAGUCAGAAUGCAUGCUAAACUCUGUAUGUAAUGGCCAUGGUAUGAUUUCAAUAUGUUGUACAAUCCAUUAAACUUCUAUUACUCAUCCCAGUCUCUCAGGAUUGGUCAUACUAGAAAUUCAAACUGAAACAGAUAGUAAUUGCUCAAUUUCAAAUGUGAAUCUAUGACAAGAUUCUAAAUGUGGGAAUGAAAGUAUGGGAAGUUACAAAAAUUAAUAUGUAGCAAGGGAAAAUAAAUAAUUGAGAAAAAAGUAUAAAAGUAGUAUAGCUUGCUACUUUUAAUGUUUGAUUAUUUAAAAUUUAUUAUCUAAUUUUGCCAUAAAACAAAACAAUGACAGUGUCUUUCCAGACAUGUAAACAAAAUUCACCAUGACUGAAUAAGUGAGAGUCAUAAGAGGAUUAUAGGGAGAGUCAAAUGAGGGCAAAACCAUGACAUGAUUACAAUGUAGCUUGACUGGUUAUUUCUGUGUGCUUAAGUUACUUUUCUGAUCUGCAUGCCCUUCUCAAGGCUAACUAGCAGGCAUGCUUUUUUACUUCCAUGUAGAAAUAAGAACUGCAGUAAGAAUGCUGCUCUGUGCAAAUGAGCAAGGAAACUUAAUUUCAGUUACUGAGAGAUCUGUCACCUUCUCAAGGUCAGAUGCCAUUCCAGUAAAUUCCAGUAUUGUACUGUAACAUCUGGUCUUGUACAGCAGUUUCUGACCUGGAGGUUGAUUACUUGGAAAGAUCCACAACAUGUCUUGUGUUACUCAGGUUCUGGAGCUGGCUUCUUCCACUUAAGAACAAAAUACAGUCAUACCUUGGAAGUUGAACAGAAUCAAUUCCGGAAGUCUGUUCGACUUCAAAACGUUCAACUUCCAAAGUGUGGCUUCUGAUUGGCUGCAGGAAGCCAAGGCAACUUGAGUUGGAUGAAGAGAUGAAUAAAUGCCAGACAAGUUUUGAGUCUAGACAAAUUAUGAUUGUGUGGGGUUGGAGAUAGAAUUUUUUGUGGGAGAUUGUGUUUAUUUCUGUUAUUCCCUGCCCCAUUUGAAUUCCUACAUCUAUGUCUCACUUUCUAUGCUCACUUUAAAAAUCAUCAGUUAUGAUUAAUGUACACAUACAUUUUACUUCAAGGCCUUCAGUUUUGCUUUUGUUGAGUUUGCUGUAUAGUUUAUCAUUCAAGAAAACAAAAUGUCACAUAAUCUUGGGGUCCAUUCACUUGUUUGAAGAGUGUCUUAUAGGUAACAGUUACUAUAAUGCAUCCAUAUUAUUUAAAAUGCAUAGAUUUAGAUUGCAGUACAAAUUGUUUAAGAUCAGGUUUGAUUUCUUGGCUUCAUCAAACAUCUGCAGUAGGGGAAAAUAUUUUGUAUAGACUUGAUGCUUGACAAAAAAAAUGUGUUUACCUACAGUAGCAUCCAAAGGAAAGGGAAAAAAAACACUUUCAGAAGUUGGUCAUUUCCAUAACUUGAUUAAUAAUGAAUUUCAAAUGUGAAUUUAUCAAGUGAUUACAAACCUAUGUGUUUAAUGCUUCAUCUUGUGGCAUACUGUAUGUUGCUAGCUCUGGUAAGUGUUGUCAAAAGGAAGUAAAAUAAAAACUAUCAGUGUCUUCUUAAAAAUACCCUUUAUAAUGCAGUUUUCUCUGUUUUUCUUUAUUAUAGUAUUUUUAAAUCCUUCCUUGAUUUCUAUACAUGUAAGAUAAUAGUUGCUGGAAAGUGUUUUAGAGGGAUUACUUGGACUUUUAUUUCUACUAGGUUGUUUUGUUUUGUACUGAAAUUGAACUCUUAAAAGAAGUCUGGACACUUUACUAAGAUAUUAAGACUUUGCUAUGGUUACUUGAUUGAAUGCAGCCAUGGGAAUGUUGACAAAGCCAAGUUCAGGGGCGGAUGUUUCAUUUGCAGUGGAAGGUCACAGAAUUAUACAGAAGAGCUUUCACCAAUGGGGGUGUGGAGCUGACAUAUCUUUGUAUCACACCAAACUGUCCUGGCAAAAUGUUUCUCAGCAGCCAAGGGACAGUUGAUAAUGGGAAUAUAGUGUUUCAAGUUAUGAUUAUAAGCCUUACUCAUUAACAUUGCAAUACAGGCAGUUGAAUAAAUCUUACAGAAUGCCGGAUAUUUAUUCCUUAUAGUCUACUCAUAAAAAUAAGUCUGAAAGAUUUGAUAAUAAAUUGUUAAGCUGGGAUAAUUCUGGAUAUUAGGGUUCUACACUAAGAUUCUUACUUGAUGAAUCAUCUGGCUUUUAAGCUUCUGUGCAAUUGCUUUAACUAAUUGGGAUAUUACGAGUUUCUCAGUAUAUUUCCUUUUUUGAGAAUACUUCAGGAUAUGUUGCAAUUAGAUACUCUUUCUAGAAGGGAAGGUUGUUUUUAUUUAUUUUUCUCCUUUAAUCAUAAUAGGGAAACAAGCAAGUGUGCCCUUAAACAGUCCCACUGAUUUAAUCUUCCGGUUAAAGAUUGAAGCACUGCUUUACACAGGCCUCCUGUUAAGCCUGGAGUUGGGGGAGGGGGUUGAAAAUUCUCCUGGCAGAUCUGCUACACUUCCAAGGCACUCACAUAGCAAUUGCUGGGAAAAUCCUCUUCUUCCUUCCUCCAGGCUUAGAUGGAACUUGUCUAUUUCACUCUGUGCUUUGGAGGUAUUCAGAAUUCUUCUGAAGUAAAGCAUGACGUGGACAGGCUGCAACUGUUCUCCUGCAUUGAGAAAAGGAGAUUGUUCUUAACCUUGCAGUGUAUUUUAGAGGUACUCUGAGCACAUCUAAAGCUCAGUUUGUUGUCAGAUAAGACCACUACUUCUUCACCAUUUAGGUAAGAACAGGAGCCUGACAGUCACACAUUUUGACUAUAGCUGCUAAGGCCAGUAAAGCUUGUGAAUUUCGCUAUGUAUGUAUAAAAUGUAUUAUUAUUCUCAGUGCAGGGCAGUAAUGGUGUACUUAAAUGAGAUUUUCAUAACUAAAUUAUUCCAAUAGUACAUUUUUAUACAUGGAUUAUAACUGAUACUUGUUUAUAUAUGAAAUGUUGAAUUUAAUACUACUUCUGCAGGAGCUGUAAUGCAUUAGGAAAAUUAAUUGGUCAUAUAAAACAAAUAUUAUUAUUUUUUAAAGUGAGCUUUAGUUUUGUUUGAAUGCACUUGCAAAUUAGAAAAUGAGUGGGUUGUGUUGUUUUUUUUAAUGCCUGAAUAGUCACUUCAGAAAUAACCUCUUUCUCCUUUAAAACACCUUUAUGCCUACUCUAAACUGCAGAGUACUUUUCCUAGUGGUCCUAAAUUCCAGUGCUGGGAAGCAGGUGGCAGGACAUUUUGGGGAGUUAAUACAGAUCCUACAAAGUCUAUGCAUUAGAUGUUCAUGUGUUUUGUUUCUGUCUUAGAAAUGUGACUGAACUGUAGAGGUUUUAUUCCUUAAUGCUUUAUUUUCAAGUAGCAUCUGUGGUCCCUUUCCAUUUAUAGAAGAAUCUUUUUCCGCUUAUGUGUGGUUUUAUAGAGCCUGGAAACUUUCUCUUCUUCCCCACCCCCUUCUUGUUGCAAAUUGAAUGCUUGGCAUUAAUUUAUUAAGAUUCCUUCAGCCAAAUCUGUACUUACUGGCUUCAACCACACACAAUCCAUUGUACCCUGUUAAGGUACUUCCCCUGAAUUUAUGGCUCUUUGGGGAGUUUCUAGUAUCAAGGAAUCUUCAGUCAGCUGGAAACAAUUGUAUAAUUAAGAGGCAUUGAGUAGAUAGAAUGGUUCUACAUAAUUGAAGCAAGCAAUGGCAUGUUUGGCUAUAGAUGGUGUUUUCAGCAAUUUAUUUGUAGGCUUUACUUUUUCUUUUCCCUUGUGUCAUUUCAAACUGAAUCAGCAUGGGUGCUUCCAGUAAGUUUAUCCAAUAGCAACCAGUUCCAGCCUUGCUCUCCAACUGGAAGCAUUGUAUUCAUCUCUUGGUAGGACUGAAGGUAGGAAUAAUAGUGGAAGCAUUUUAAGAGAAUCUGUUUCUGUUACAUUGGUCAUGAGAAAGACCACUUUUUGCAGUAAUACUGUAAAAUAGCAAUCUUCUUUUAAAGCAAAUAUGGCAAAAAAAAAAUCUGGCUGUACAUCUUUGUAUCAGUUUGUUUGUUUUUUAACCUCAAAAACAGCAAACUGUAACACACAUCUUUAUUUAACUGGAAUUGUUUAUACUGCCAACUCUCUACACACAGGUAAUAUAUACAUAUUACCCACCCUGUUUAAGUUAUUCAGGGCUGUAUCAUCUUUGAACUUAGAACUAUCUGUUCUUAUUUUCACAAGGAAAACUUUAACCAUACAAUUAACACAUGCCUAUUUCAUAAUUAAUUUUGACUCUUGAAUAUUAGCUCAAGAAAUAUAGCCAAAGUCUCCUCUCUUUCAAACAAUUAAAAUAGUAAUUAUUUUUCAAAAAAUGUUUUGAGCAUUGCAGAAGUUUUUAGUUUUAGAAUUUAAAAAAUUGAAAGCAAGAGAAUUCUAUGGAUGCUUAUUUUACAAUUCAGUCAAUUAAGUGCCAGAUUAAAUAGUAUACUGUUUUCCAUCUGAUAGAUAAAAUAUGAACAGUAUCAUUAUUCAAAAUGACUCAUAAGUUGCUUAGAUAGCCAAAUACUAGCUUUUCUUGGGAGUGACUCUUUAAAAGCCAUUUGCAAUUUCAUCCAACUGGCAUGUCAGUAUUACAAAACAGGCAUGGCCGGUGUCAGGACAAUAGAUUGUUACAGCUUGUAUUAGUAAUGCCUUAAAUACAUAAUCUUUGAAUCAAAACAUGAGACAUGCAUGUAGAGUAUGUUGCCUAUGUUUGGAAUGAGUCGUUAUUUUGUAGGAGUGGCUACCUUUGACCUGGGCUUGGAAUAUUUCUUAGCUUCAUAAUCAGUUAAUGGCAUUGGGGAUGUCCAGACAUUAAUUUAAUUCAGUAUACAGUGGAACCUCUACUCAGAUAUGGAAUCCGUUCCGGAGGUCUGUUCAUGAGUUGAUCCGGGUCACUGGUAGAAGCGCUGUUCUGCUCGUGCGCAUUUGGCCACGGCGCCAUUCUGCGCAUGUGCAGACGGCGGCAGCCACUUCUGCGUGUGCACGAACCGCGGCAAACCCGGUAUUUACUUCCGGGUUUGCCGUGGUCGCGAGUUGAAUUGUUCGCAAGUAGGGGCGGUGGUAAGUCAAGGUUCUACUGUACUGACUUAACAAGGAUGAGCUGUGCAGGGACUGCCAACAAACCUGAGUACAGCUUUGACCAAACUAUUUAGGUGAGACUUUGUAUUUUAAUAUUCAUUUAUAAGCAACUUGGUCCAACCCUUGGGCCACAUGCCACCUAGCCCUAGAGAGGGAUCUUAUUUUUUUAACAUAGUGGCAUAAUUUGCCACUGAAUCCAAAUUCAGUUAAAAAGGCUGGCCAUACUGACUGACUGUCACAGGACCAAAAGACCUGGUGUAGCAUUUCCAGUCAUGUCCUCCAGCCCUGCAAUGGACAGGUUUGUGUGCAGGCUACUAACUUUUAUGGGCUUCUUUACAAGGCCAUGUUAACUGAUGUGCAUAUGCACAAGAAUUUAAUUUGCAGAAGAAUUAGUUGUUUAAAAAUAUUUUUCAAAUGAAACUGAGUUAAUUGGAAAUAUUUCAUUAAACCCACAACAGAGGCUCAUUUCUUUCCUACUAAAGACACAUGUACUUUUAGAAGUGUUGACAAUGUGUCAAGCCAUUUGUCUGUAACACUUCCUUGUAUAUAAACACCAUUUGCUGGGGUGGAUUUAAUCUCCAAUAGUAUAGGGUGUGAGCACCUCUGUAAUAAAAUUCAGAGAAGACAAUUAUUGAAAGACAGAUUGAAACCAGAUGGGCAAGAAUGGAAAGUGUGCAUUCUGUAUGCAUUCUGUCUCCAAAAAUGUCAGAUUAGUGUGACUGUCUCAGAAGACAGGAAAAAGAGCUACAGCAGUAGUUGAUAUAUUAUGAGCACCUAUCUUUGAAUAUCUGGUUUGAGACUACCCAGUUAUUUUUUGCAAUACUUAUAUCAAGAAUUUGUUUUUCCAAUGUAAUGAAUUCCUGUUUAUUGGAAAUGAAAAGCUUUUCUUGGAAAGAAGUAUCACUGCAUGCACAUUAAUAAUUAUUAUUUAACAACAUUUUAUGCAACAGUUUGAAAUAUUAACACUUGUAAUUAUCAAUUGCUGUUUUAGAUUUCUGUUAUGAAGAUUAAGUGUUUUGACUAGCAUAUGCUAGGAAGAGGCUCCACAGCUCUCUGUCCCUGGUGUCCCUUCUCUCUUAACUCUGUGUUGGAAUUCUCACCAUUUGAUGUUUGGAAAGAGCUGUGGAAUUGCCUAAAGGAGUUUUGGAUGAGCUGCUGGGCAGAAGGGGGGCGGGUGGGGAGAGAGAGACCAGACAUUCUGCAACCCUGCAUUAGAGUUUUCAUCCUGCUCAAAAAUUGUGCUUUAACUAUAAAUGAAUAUAGCGUUGUUAUUUUUUUGUAGUAUGUGAACGCUUGAAUAAAACAAUACAGAAUAAUGUGUGGGAACGGUACAACACGUUUUGUAGUGGAAGAAUUGUAUGUUGAAUGAGUGUUGUAAUUUAUAUGUGAGUUGUGACCAAAGUAGAGUCUACCAGUGGAUGGAUGGCAUGGUAGCUGAGGAGCAACCAUAUGUGAGAGCCCAGGAGUAUUGAAUGAUUGUUUCCUGUGCUGGGAAAGCCUUCCCACAGUAGUUCAUGCGCUGGUUACUUCAAGACUGGUUUACUGCAGUGCACUCUGUAUGACGCUUCCUUUGCACUUGAUGUGGAAGCUGCAGUUAGUGUCAAAUGCUUCAGCACGAUUGCUGACAGGAGUGAGGCUGUGGUAGCAAAUAGCACCAGUGCUCAAGUAUCCGCACUGGUUGCCGAUUCACUACCAUCCCAGAUUCAAUGUGUUACUAUUAGCAUAUAAAGCCCUUAACAAUUUGGGACCGGUUUAUGUACAAGAUUGCCAUACCCCACAUCCAUCUGUUUGACUGCUUUGGUCUGCAGAAUUGACACAACAAAACCCGUUCCGCAUUUGUAAUACAGUGGUACCUCAGGUUACAUACCCUUCAGGUUACAGACUCUGCUUACCCAGAAAUAUUACCUCGGGUUAAGAACUUUGCUUCAGGAUGAGAACAGAAAUCGCGCAGCAGCGGUGCAGUGGCAGCGGGAGGCCCCAUUAGCUAAAGUGGUGCUUCAGGUUAAGAACAGUUUCAGGUUAAGAACGGACCUCCUGAACGAAUUAAGUACGUAACCAGAGGUACCACUAUAACUUGAUCAUUUAGUGUGGCAGCACCUGCCCUUUGGAACUCUCUGCAUAUUGAGAUCAAGCAGGCACCUUCUCUGUACUCAUUUUAGCACUUCUUAAAAACUUUAUUAUUUAGACAAGCCUACCUAGAUGCUUAGAAAGUAGAGACAAUUUUAAUCUGUUUUAGUAUUUUAACUUUUGUAUGUUUUAAGGUAAGGUUUUAAUUUUUUCUUGAUUUUCUUGUUUUAUCUUUUUGUAAAGUGCUUUGAAGGUUUCUUUAACAGUGAAACAAUAAAUUUUAUGAAAAUAAAUAAACUGUGUGUGUGUACACACACACACACACACACACAAAAAUUACUUCUGUAAUACAUGCAUGUAAUGAAGUUAUACUAGUAUUCAUCCUCAUUAUUAAUGAGAAGCUAUAAUAAUAAAACCUGUCUUGCCUUUCUUCUGUAUUGCACUGAGAGAGAGAAAAAAUCUGUGUACAUAUUAUAGCAAUGCAAACAGGUGUUCAGACAACUGAAAGUAGUAACAUUUCUAUAGUUAGUACUUUGUACACUAGCAUGCUCCCUUUCACCAUCAGCUAAUUUAAGCGGAGCUCACCUUUCCCUGAAAGGAGAAGCUGUAAUAAUUUUUGUCAGCCCAGUUUUUCCUUUCUUACUCUGGGAACAAACAGCCCUUACCAGGGAGAGCAGCCACACCCAUAAUGAAUGCCUCCUUCUCUUGUGGUGUACACACUUAGAACUGCUUUUAGUUGAUCUCGGGCAAGGCAAAAGUAAAUAAACCAGACUUGGAAGUCUCCUACCCUUUCUUCUUGUACUGGUUGCUAGUGGAAGGGUGAAAAAAGUUUCUCUACUUUUGGAAUGAGUCCUCUAGUCAAGCUAGAAAGAAAGACAUUUCAAUCUCUAUUUGAAUUAUCAUGAACAUGUAUUGCUCAUCUAACAAGAGUCCUCAACUUUGGAAUUGCUCAAAAACUGUUGGAUCCAUAGGAAUCAAGGAAAACUAAACUUGCUAAUCAAAACUAAAAAAUAAGAUUAUCAGGAUAUACUGUUACCGUGAGAGCAGAGAUAUCUGUCAAACCCUCAACCCCUGGAGUAUUCAUUCAGAGAUAAAGUAAAUAGGGAUGGAGUGUUGCUUAGACAUAAUGUUUUACUUUCAUAUUAUGUGCUUGCUGAUGGAAAAUAUUCUCUUUUUAAAAAGCCUUUUUCAUGUUCUUAGUGGUUUGGUUCAAUCUUCUGCUUAACAUCAAAGACUCAUGUCAGACACAUAGGCCAUUUAUUUCUAGCAAUAACAUCUAAAAGGCAAAGUGCAGUUCAAACAUUAGACGUGGGUGCUGAUGAAUCAAUCAUCUUUUACUCCUGGCUCAGUCUGUCUCUCUCCUAACUAGAUGGCUAAAAUGGAUUGAUACUUUCAACUUUUGCCUUUGUUCAUUUAAAAAGAGGUUUCCCUCCCCAUUCUCAUGAAAGUGCUGCAUUGGCAUAUUUGAAGUUGUAGCUGUUUUCAUAGUUAGACCUAUUGGGCUACAUACUUGGUCUUGCCCACUGGUGUGUAUUAUACUGGUCAAGAAGAAUCCUUUUUCAGUUAACAAAUCUGUUUUUAGUUUCUAGACUGUAAGACAAUGCACAAGUGAUGGGGUGCAGGUGUCUGAGGUGUCAUGGGCAAGGAAAAUUGAAACAUAUUACAGUGGUACCUCAGGUUAAGUACUUAAUUCGCUCUGGAGGUCCGUACUUAACCUGAAACUGUUCUUAACCUGAAGCACCACUUUAGCUAAUGGGGCCUCCUGCUGCCUCUGCACUGCCGCUGCACGAUUUCUGUUCUCAUCCUGUAGCAAAGUUCUUAACCCGAGGUACUAUUUCUGGGUUAGCGGAGUCUGUAACCUGAAGCGUAUGUAACCCAAGGUACCACUGUACUUUGAAUCCUCCCAAUUUGCUAUGUGAAUCACAUCAAGUCCUGUUGUCUCUGCAAUGAUGCAAGGGGAUAUUGAGCCCAUGCCUUCGGGUCAUGCUUUCAUUGUUGUUGUUGUUUAGAAGGUGGGAAAGAGUUGGAAUCCAAGGACACCUGGAAAGACCACAGGUUCUCCACCUCUUUCUUACAGGGUCAUUGUAAACGUAAUAAGAUAAUGAACAUGAAGCUUUUCAUAUAUUUAAAAUUGUAAUAUAUAUGUUGCACACUUGAGCAUAAGCAGAGAUAAUAAUAUACAAAUUGCUGUCCUGUUUGAACAGAUUUUUCUAAUUUGCAUUCAGAUUAAGACCAGGAUCUAUAUUAUUUGGCAUUUUGGGCAAAUUGUACUGUAUCAAGAGACAAUUUGUGCUGUUAUGCUAAUCUGCUUAGUUGUUGGAAAUCAAGUGGACAUUUAAUAUCUAAAAAUAGAUUAUUGGAGGUCAUCAGCUUGAAUGUGCAUUCACAUUCUCAAACUAUCCCGCUAUGUAAAUGGAAUAGUAUCCUGAGAAAAGCCCUGGCAAAUAGCUGCACACGUGGCUUAGUCUUGAACUGUUGAUCUGUUCUCUCAGCCACUCUUCUGGAAAUAGAAUGUUAUCACCAACAUUGUCAGGUUCCUUAGGAAUGUGUGAAUGAAUAGGAUUCAUCCCACCCACACAAUGUUAGCACUGAGGUUAGUGUGCAAAUACAAAAACUUGAAAUUAGGUUUGGAAUGCAAUUCAUCUGGAGUGGAAAUAGCCAUGCAUUUUAUUUUGUUUACAAAGGCUUUAUUUAAACCAUUGUAAAACACUUCAAACCGCAUUUCCAUUACUACUUCCACUGAAACGAACUGAGAUUAUUAUUUCACCAUUCAGUUCUGCUAAGUUCCCUAUCAUGACUCCAGCACUUUCCUUUUUGCCUUCUUUGUGCUGGGUUCUGCUUUUGAGCACAGAGUAUAUGUCUGACCCAUAUAUACAGAGUAUAUACCUGUAGACGCUGCUAUACUUCUGGCAGAUCUGCUGGUGGUUGCGGGAGCCCCAGCAUUCCUGCCUUCUUGAGAGGCCUAUCCCAGAAACUGAAAAUGUAGAAUUUAGUGGUCAUGUAGCAGACCAUCUUACCGUCUCUUAAAAUAAAAGAACCUCAAAUAUUGAGAAGAAGUGAUUUUCUAUGAUGUGUUGUGCUGUGUUACAGUAUAGUAAAGAUGCCUGUUUAUUCCUCCUUUGGACAGUCUUAUGGGUUGCUUUAAUACAGAGAUGGUUAAUUUUUUUCUAUCUGAGAGCCACAUUGCCCCAUGUUGAACCCUCAGUGGUGGGUGGGAUGAAAUGUAAAAAUGAGUAUGGAAAAAAUAAACACACAAAUUUGGGGAGCUUGGAGGAACCAUAAAAAACUUUGGACACCACAGCAGGGCAUGCAUAGGAACAAUUUUUCUUGGGGGGGGGGGGAACCCUCAGAUUCUAAAAACUUUUUUAAAAGAACAAAAAUAUGAUAGGUACAAAUCUGUUGAGGAGCCUUUGUUAGCUACCCCAGUUUAAUACCUUGAAAAUUGAGAAAUUACAUAUCAUACUUAGGACAGAAGCAUGUUUUGGUGGUGAAUUAGCAUAAGCAGUUGCACUAAUCUUUGUAGGACAAAAAUUCUGUUUUCUGAUGUGAUACGCACACAGUGCUUUUUUUUCUUUAAAAAAUGUUUAGGAGUACUCUCAUUUUGACUCAAGAAAAUCACCAUUUUAUAGUUCAAAUCAGGAAAAAUAAAUACAGUAAAUGGACAAAAGUACAAAGAUUCACAAAAUGUUUAAGGGUAUGCAUCGCCCUGCAUCCCCCCAGAAAAAAAGCACUGUAUAUAUGGGUCAGAUAUAAAAACUUUUUGAUCUUCUGCCUCUAAAAAACAACAGGAGGAAUAGCAGUAUCAGCCCCAUCUUCUAUAAUGUUUUUAUCCAAUCCUUGUUUGAAAUAGUAACACUGUAGAAACAUUUUGGUUGUCCGUCCCCGUGUCCCCCCUCCCCGUCCCCCACCAUAUAGGAACUUUCACACUUUCCCCCUUCCUACCUCUUGCUAAUGAUGUUCAAAGGCUCUUGUAAUGGGAAUUAGACUUUUUCCCCUUUGGUUUUCCUGAGAGUGAUCUUGUAUCAGUUACAGAUGCUCAUUUUUGUUUUGGAUUGGGAAGGUGUGCAUUAAUUUAACUAAAGGAAAGGCUGUUUUCUCUACAAAUUUAUGUAGUUUAAUACAAUUUCUGGAAGAGUUAAAUGAAUCUCAUCUAAGUCAUAUAUUUAGUUGAGCUGAUGAACUGCAAACAGUUUAGGACAAGAGGCUGAAACUGAUGAUAAAUUAGCCACAGGCAACGUAUCAUUUUAAAAAUUCAUUUAUAAGAUAGAUAGAUAGAUAGAUAGAUAGAUAGAUUCUGUAUAAGGCUACUGCUUUCUUGCCUCAGCCCCAUCUAUUUUAUAAUGGGUAGUUUUUCCAAAAAGGAAAGAAUUCCCAGAAAUAGAUGAAAUGUCAACAGAAAAGUUUGAACAAUUAUUUAGUUUAAAAUAUCAGUAAAAAUACUGAUAGUAGUCACAUCUAAGUUAAUGUAAAUGAGCAAAUUAUCUGGCAAUGGAUUGCUUGAGAGCAAUUAUACUCCCUUUUAAAAGGGGGUAGCAAAUGAAGAUAAAGUACCUUGCCAUAUAAGUCAUUUAUACAAAUGAAAUUAUUAUUCAUACAAAUGUAAUUACCAGUAAGACUUUCACCUCAUGUUCUGCACCAAGCAAGCCACUUUUGAAAUGAAGAAGAUAAAACACAGAGAUCUGUCUCUCAAAGAAAAAGUAAUAGGUCUUUUGGUUCCUGGUAGAUAUGUUUGACAAAGAACAAGUGUGCCUUUUGAAACCAAAGGAUUUUUUUUUACAGUUAGAAGCACUUUGAAUCAGCUUCCCUUUUUGACUAAACACUUGGAAAGAACUUGACAGCUGUUAAGGCAAGUAGAGUUAACUCUGAGUAUUAGCUCUGAAAUGAAAUAACUCUGCAGUUUGUUAUAAUAACGUAUAGUUGAUUCCAAAAGUUUAGAGUAAGCAGCUAAAGAAUUAUCUUAAACUAAUCUUAAAAUCUGUUAUAAAAUCCUCCCAUAAUCUCAAACAUUUGUCUGUCCAGCUGCCAAAAUCUUAGCCCUUAAUUAGGCAAACUUCUAAGAAAGGAAUGGAAACUUUGCCUGAUGGUGAACUGUUGUUAUUAUUAUUUAUAAAAUUUCUAUAUUGCCCUUCAUCCGAAGAUCACAGGGGAGUUUACAAUAUAAAAACACAAAAAUACAUGCCAUAAUAACAAACAAAACAAUACCCAUUCCUCAGUUUAAAAGGACAUAGAUUAUUUAAUUAGCCAAAGGUGAGGGAGAAGAGUAAUGUUUUUACCCAACGCCUAAAGAUAUGCAAGCCUUGCCAGAUGGAUACCAUGGUUGAUGGUAUUGAAAGCUGCUGAGAGGUUGAGGAGAUUUUACAGCAGCCACAGAUCUGAGGUCCUGGCUGAUGGGAUAACCACAAUUUCCCAGGAGGAGGAGGGACUGGCACAUGGCAGUCACACACUGUCUGUGCCUUGUGCUCUUUACCCUGCCUGCCCCACCAUACUCCCACCAUACUGUGUUCUGUAAUCCCCCCCCAGCUCCUCUCCUCUCAGACACAUCUCCCCUCCCUCAAUAAAAGCAAACAACAGUUAGAAAAGUUUGUAGCAGUGGCCCUGUCUCUGCUUUGUAGCUGGUGCUGCAGCCAGAAGCUGUAAAUUGGCUAUAGGUGUGGAAGUCACAGGACUACUGCUGUCACCUUCUGGUACCAGAUUGCUGGAUGGUGAGAGGCUCAGCAGGUGCAAGCUGUAGGAUUAUGCUUUCUUUUCUGUUCACAAUAGCAAGAAAAAUGUAACUGGGUGUGUUGAGUCAGUCAGAUUUAUGAUGGUGAGCUUACUUAUCCUGAAAGUAAGCAUCAGUGAACUUUGUUCUCAGUAGACAUGCAUAGGAUUGCCCUACACAGUUUAUGGCACAUAGUAGAAUGAAUAUUUAAUACUGACAUGGACUGUGGAAAACAAAACACAAAGCAUUCAUUUUAUUACUAUUAAAUAUAAAUAUAAAAAAUGCAGAUGUUGUGCCUUUUUUUGUUUUGUUUGUAGGUGUGAUAAAGUAGAAAUACGUUAAACCUGAUUGUUGAUUCCCACCACACACACUAUGUUUUCAUGUUUUAGUAUACCUUUAUUCUGACUGGAGGUGAUUUUAAGUUUCCCACUUCUACCCUCUGCCAGAAAACAGAUGCAGUUAAAAAAAAACACCACCUCGUAGAAUUGUAGAGUUGGAAGGGACCCCAAGGAUCAUCUAGUCCAACCCCCCCUGUGGUGCAGGAUUCUCAACUGAACCAUCCAGGACAGAUGGCCAUCCAACCUCUGCUUUAAAACCCUUAAGGAAUGAGAGCCCACCACCUUCCAAGGGUGCCCAUUCCACUGUUGAACAGCUCUUACUGUCAGAAAGUUCUUCCUGCUCUUGCCUCUUUAAAAACUUUCUAUAUGUGAAAUGGUUUUCAAAAAUUAAAACUUGGACAGGUUUUUAAAUGUUUGAAACAAUUCAAAUUAACUGGAAUGUGGUAAUGAUUUGGUGGAGUCUUUUUAAAUGUUAUAUCCUCAUAUUCUGAUUCCAAAUUAAAAUUAUGCAUUUGGCUUAGUUCCUAAAUAUACAUCAAUAGUGUGCUUAAGUUUCAUGUUGGGGCUUUUUGCCAUUGGAAUAUUUUAUCCAGCUGAAAUUUAAGGUGUUUGCUUGUUUGAAUAUGUAGACCCCCUUAUGAGAAGGCAAACUGGGUGAAUGAUGACUGGAUGGAAUAUAUUACUUUGAAAUAGUCUUUCUUUCGCCAGACCUUUAUUAGGCAUUACAGAUAUAAUACAGAAUAGUAUUAAACUAGUAAUUACUGGAGUUUUGAAGAUAGGAAUGCCCCCAAACUAUAUAGUAACAUAUUCUUUCCAGCACCUUGGUGACCUGGAACAAAAGCAGCAAUGCCUUUUAAGGCUGUAUCAUAGAUCAGUUAAUCAAUAGAAAGGGUCUUAAGUAGUUCGGGACACAUACUGCAGCUGUCCAACAAUUUUCUUCUUUUUUCCUGACCUGAUACCAUACAGGAGUAAUUGCAUGGUUACUUGAUUUCUAGAACAUUUACACUAACCAUGUGCUGUACACAUGUCAAAGUGUCCUAGACUCUGCGUAGACUAACAGUCUAAAAAACCAGAGACAUGAGGGGAGGGGAGGGCCAAUGGCAGAGCAAGGAAAAUAUGGUGUUAACAAGCAUUAAUAUCUAGACGGUGCCAGGCUUGAUCUGUCUUUGCUAGUGUUUUUGCUUGCAUGGCUAUAGAGCAAGCACUCAAAAGCUAGAGCAAGUCCUAGAGCAAGCCACUUGCUCUACUAAAUGGGAAUAUUCUGUUGACUUCAGUUGAGUUCAUUGCAUAUUCUCUUCAGCUAGAUAUUUUGGAAAGUGGGCUGUCUGCCUGUUUGUUUUCUAAAUAUUUGAACGCCUAUCAAGAUAUUGUUGUGAAACUUGGCACGAUGGUUCCCAAGUAGGGUGGCAGACUUUGUUGCUAUUUGGACACUGGGUGCCAUUUUCAGGCACAGUGGUUCCUAAGGUUGGGAUGGGGGUCAAUGUUUGGACACCAUAUGCCAUUUUGAAUAAAGAUGGCGAACUGAAACAUGACUUUGGUAUGACUUCAUGCAAUUUUUGGUGUGUUGGGUCCAAACUCACAAAACUAUCCAUUAAAAAGCCCCACAAUUAUUAUUUUUUUACUAAAAAGUAAGCACUGGACGCUCCCCACUAGUAUCCUGUAUGUGAGCUAAGAUAGAAUUGUUUGGACCGAAGCAAGGAAAUGUAGCUGUGGCCCAUGUAACUGAUAAAUUACUACAAGAAAAGCAUUGUUUUUAAAGUGAAAAUGUAUCAUAAGAAUUAUCAUGCAAGUCUCUCCUGUGUUAAUUUUUCAUUUCCAUCAAGAUGCUUGAGACACGUCUGGCUGUUGAAUUUUUGUAAAAUUAUUUUAUACUUCUUGCAUUCUAUGUGCUUAAGGCUUUGGCAAUAUUUAGGGAUGGAAGAAUUGUUGCGUUAUUGUCAGUUGUUUCCAAUGAGGAAAUCACUGCUUGGUAAAGCUGUUUGCAUUCCUGUGGCCUGUGGUAUAAGGAAAUAUCAUGCUAUAAAAAUUCCCAAUUAUUUCCCUAAGGAUCUCUUUUCUAAAUCCUUUGAUGCCUUGGGGGUGGGAGUUGGAAGUGAAGUAGAAAACACAGAAAUCUAGUUUCUAAGCCAUAAGUAUGCAACCUCAAGCUUUGUUAACAUAUUCUAGUUUUAUCUUUAUUUUUAGAAACCAAGGUCAUGAAUUGUACCAGAGUGGCUUCCCUUAAUUUCAUCAAACUAAUAAGCUAAUAACUGUGAGAGAAUAUUUUUUACUUCAGAAAAAAGCAUGCCGUGCAACUUUGAAUGUACUGUACUGUGACUCCUUUGAUACAUGGUUACUUUUGUACGUUAGAGACAGUGAGAACACUCUGUCCAGUUCGGGGCACCACAAUUUAAGCGUAUUGAAAGCUUGUGGCGUGCAGAGGAGGGUGACCAAGAUGAUAAAGGGUCUGGAAACCAAGUCUUAUGGGGAACUGUUGAGGGAAUUGAGUAUGCUUAGCUUGGUAAAGAGGAGACUGAGAGAAGAUAUGAAAGCAAUCUUCAAAUUCUAAAUGGUUGUCGCUUAUGGAGCAAGCUUGCUUUCUCCUGCUCCAUGGCUAGGACCCAAACCAUUUUUGCUGUUCUUUGCCUGAUAAUGGUGUUAAGAAAAAAUGAAUCAAAAAUAGUGCCCAGAUUUCGCGUACCAUUCUCUGGCGGCAAAUUUGGGUAUUUCUGGAUAUUUGUAAGGCACCUACGGUAAGUCUUCAAAAAUUGGUGCAUGCAUUCUGUUUUGUAGUGAAAGAAAUUCAACAUUACACUAUGUCAAGUGUUCCAUCAGAGCAAGCAUUUCAGCUAGACCACUGACAGCUUGAUCCACCCUCCUCUUGUGUACUGUUCUGGGGAAUCUCCUGAACCCACCCACCCCCGCCAAUUUCAGGGGCAUGCAGGGAAAAUUCCUUUUGUGCAAGUCCUUGUGUGGGCAUCCACUGACAGGACUCAAUAGUUGGAUCCCACCCAAUGUCAUUUUUAUUUUUAAAGCUUAAAUCAGUACAGGUGGCAGCAGAGAUUUUAUUUCGGGUUGCUUCAUGGUAAUUGCUAUUUCCCUCUACGCUGUAUCGUUCUGUGACGGGAGCGGGGAGGACUGUGAGUGGGGCUGGACACAAUUUUCCACAGACUGUGUCAGAAUGAAUGCUAUGGCCAGGAUAUUUUGUGGGGGUAAAUGGCGGCCACCAGGACGAAGCCUGCAAAAGUACCGUUCUCUGCAUGUGCUAUAAAAUGAAUGGGAGGGGUUGGACUUUGCUUCUCUUUGGACAGGCCAUUUGCAGAAACCGUACAAACCUGUUGUGCUGCUUCUGCCUUCUGCAAAGUCAGAAUGGUGAGAGAUUCGACUGUUUCCUCCUCAGGGUUCUUUGCAGUUUAUGAAAAACUUCAGGAGGAGAGGAGAUUGCUAUCUUGGUGUCCUGCUAAUUUGAUUUGAGAAGUAUUGGCAAUUAGAACUCGAUGGCAAACUGAUUUUACGGUGCUUUUUGAAUGUCCAGUUAGGCACUAUCUAACCUUACUUUCUAAGAGCAAUUUUGAUUUGUAAUCAAAGAUUCAUAAAAAACAAGCUUCAUAUAAACAUUGGCUAGAAUCCAUUAUAUUGUUAAACAUGCUGAAGUCCUUUUGAUUUCAGUUGUCCAUCCCUCUUGCAGCCAAUUUUGAGGAACCAGAGGAGUUGAGUUCAGUUUCCUGAACACUUAGUUGGUUUUUUAAAAAAAAAAAUAAGUCAACAAAUACAGUGUUUUUGAGUGGCUGUAUGUGCUCAGGUAAAGUUAUACUGAAAUUUACAAUCUGUGCAAGUUCUGUCUGGAGCUGACAUGCUUUGCUUUAUUUUUGUUUGCAGGUCAGAAGGGAGAGAGAACUGUGAAAAUAACAUCCAGGUAACAAAUGUGAUUUUGUGGAAAUUAAUAGCAAGAAAAUGAAUAUUUAUUUUUUUGCUGGAUGAUUAAGAAUAAGAUUGUACCAUUAACAAAGAUUGAUAGUACUUCUGAAAAUUAUUGGUGAAUUUAACGCCAACUCUAUAUGGAUAUUGCUGGGGUUUUUUUCCAUAAUUUAUUAAGUUUUCAAUUUUACAUUUCAAUUUUUUUUUUUGGAAACUUUAAAAGAUCCAGUGACUUCCAUUCUUCUCCUUCCAUGGUUCAUUCUUCAUAUCAUACAUUCCUGCAUAUUUUACUAUAACCAUUCAAAUCAGUUUUCCACUUUUAAAUCGCUCAAAUAUUAUUUACAGUGUUUAAUUUAACUUAAUGCUGCCAGCGUUUUCAGCUGAGUACAGUUAUUUUCCAUAUAUACAAUAAACGUUUUCCACUCUUCUUUAAUUAUAUGUUCUUCUUGCUCUCACACUAUUGCUCUUCUCCAAAGCUUUUAAUUUUUCUAAUGCUUUGGGAACACUCUCUAAAGGUUGUCCUAAUGUCAACAACACAUCUUCAGCAAAUCCCCUUAAUUUAUAGAUUCUACGUCCCACCUCAAUACCUUUAAUUUCCCUAUUUCACCUUAUAUUCUGAAGCAAUAUUUCAAACUCAUAAGAAACAGUGGAGAUGGGGACAGCCUUGUCUCGUUCCUUUUUCUACUUGGCAUUGGUCUGAAAGAAUAUUGUUUACUAAUAUAUUUGCAGAUUGAUCAGUAUAGAUUGCGUUAACUCCUGCUAGGAAAGGCUUACCUAUUUCCAUUUUCUCUAAAACCUUAAUCAUAAAUAAUCAUGAACUAUUGUCAAAAGCUUUCUCUGCAUCUAGAAAGAUUUAACACAGCCUGUUUCUUACUUCUAGGUACUUUAUUAAAUUGAUUACAUUUCUUACAUUGUCUUUCAUUUGUCGACCUGGUAAAAACCUGGCCUUGAGUCACAUGUCGUUUUCAGUCUAAUAGCCAGGAUUGUAGCAAAUAGUUUAUAGUCACAGUUCAAUAAUGAAAUAGGUCUGUAAUUUUUAGUCUAUGUUAAGUCACUGUAUUGUUUGGGGAUCAGAGUAAUGAAUGCGUCUUUCCAUGAAGCUGGUACUCCCAUCACCAGAAUUCUGUUAAUGGUGUCCUUAAGUGGUUCUAUAAGUGCAUCCUGAAACUUUUAAUAAUAAAUUGCAGUAAGUCCAUCUGGCUCCAGUGCUUUUCCCAACUCAUAUGGAUAUUGUUAACAUAAUUGACGUUGCUGCUAUUUUUUAUUUUUGCUAUACCUUAUUUAUCUCCGUCUUUUUACCCAAGCACAGUAACUCAGUAGAACAGAUAACUGUUGAUAGUGCUGCCUCUUCUCUUCUCUGCACCCCUUUCUACUAACCAUCUGUCACUAGACAUUGUGUGUCUACAAAUUUUAAAACUUCUGAGCAGUUAAUAAAACAGUUCAUAAUGCAUAAGCAGCUGAACCAAUGGCUGGGGUGGUGGUGUAUGAAUUUCAGUCAACUGCAUAGGUUGUUUUCUGUUGUCAAAUUUUAGCUGAUGAUUUGCCAGAAAAGCAAAUCAGGUAUACCCUACCUGAUUAUUGGGGGUGCGUGGGAAUUAUUAUUCUCUUUGUUACAUAAUUACAUGACCUUGGCUUUGCCCUAGUCAAAGGGUGAGCAACCUACUUUCUCUUUAGGAUUACUUUCCCUCAGGGGUAACCUGUCAGAGGCUGAGUGUAGACUGAAUUCAGUCCAAUUUACUAUUUGUAGAACUCUCCAAUUCACCUGGGUAAAAUCUGUUCAUGCAUAUGACUUGUCCCAGCUAUGCAGCAGUUUGUCAGUUGUCCAUGACACUUUCUCUCCAGCUGUCAUGGCUCAUUCCCUAAAAAGAUUUCAAAGGCGAAUUUCCCAUAUCCCAAAGGAAGAGGAAUCUGAUGGGAAUUGUCACCCUGGAACUGAAACUGAUAAGUAACACACAACUGUCUCCAAACAGCAAAUGGUUACUUUCUUCCGCCUGUCAAUUUAUCUGAACCUACCUAGCAAACCAGUGUGGAAGGAGGCAAUCUGAGAACUAUCCCCUCACCUGUAUGACUACAGAAGUCUUCAUAUACAUGACAAUUAUCCAAGAUUUGUUUGAAUUAAUGUUUCUCAAAUGUUGAGUCAGGACUUGUCAUUUGGUUUCCACAACCUUGGUUGAGCUUGUUAGCAAAAAAAUCACAGCAAAUAUUAAGGGCAGUAAAACCCAAAUAUCUAGUAAGCUUUCACUUUAGAUCAGAAGUUGGAACACUUAGCUUCUGAACAAAAAUAAAAUUCUGUAGCUGAGCACAACACAUUUUCAACACAAUUGUCUGUGUAGGAAACAGCAUAUAUCCUGUGUGAACAUCCUUAUGUGUCACUGGUGCAUUUGUGCAUGUGUCUUUUACAGUAUGAACACAGGCUCUGCAUAGUUUGUGCACAUGGAAAACUGCAUGUCAUUUUUUGCUUGAAUCUGAGGUCUGUUUUAGAAAUGUGUAAUAUGUGAAGUGGCAACUAGGAAAAUGAUUUGGAGCCCCUGGUCUGUGUGCUGUCCAUAGUUUAGAUAUUACUUGUCUCCAUUUAUGCCUAUCCAAUAAGACCACCAUCUUAAAUCCUCCUCUGAUGCCACCACAGGUGGGAUAUAGCAAAAGAUUAUCACAGAGGACCUUUUCAGUGGUGCCCCCUGCAUCUUUAAAACCAUGUCCCCAGAGUAGCUUGAACUUGAUAUCAUUUUGGCACAAGACAGAAAUCAUUUUAUUUCUCUCAUGCUUUUAAAUCUUUUAAGGUCCAAUCUAGUUUUUAAAUCCCUGCCAAAUGAUUGUAUGCUGCUAUUGCAUGUUAAUAUUGGUUCUGUUUGAUGUAUGUCUUUUAAAUUGUCUGGUAUUUUGAUUUGCAAGCUGCCCUGUGAAUUUUUGCUAGCGUGGGAAUAUAAACACUUAGAAUGAAUAAAUAAACACAGGGCCAGCACUUCCACGAGCCAAGCUGAGACAAUUGUCUCUGGAAGCGUGGACAGUGAAUGGGUGUCCUCUGGGCUCUCUGCUUGCUGGCUUGCUUGCGGGCCACCCACCCAGUGAGGCUCCAGUGAGCUCUUCCACCUUCUCCUCUUUCUUGCCUAGCUCUGUUUUUAAACUCGUAACUAACUAGAUUUACACAGAAUGUCCAGCGCCUGCAGCAAAGUGGUGGCAGCACAGGGGUUCCUGGCCAAUGUAUUCAGAAGACUGGGCUCUGAGGGACAAUCCACUUGGCAUUUCCUCUGAGCAAGGUAGGGAGGGGAAAGAGAGAGACCACCAGUGCUGCCACCACUAAUGCAUUGUUAAAACAAAACAAAAAGUAAGUGAGAAAAGUGGAAGGGGAUUAGCAUGAGCAAGAGGAGUGUGAGAAAGAGGAGGAGCAGGAACUAGGCCUAAAUAAACCAGCAAUUCAGAUACACAGGGAUGUUAAUGGUACUUUUUGGAACAUCCAGGGAAGGAACAGAAUGGAAUCAGGUUGAAGUAUUAAUGCUAUCUUAAAGCUAGAACUUCUGGUCCUCUUAAGCAAGAGAUGAGGAUUCUGGCUCUCCAUAUAUUGUUGGACCAGCUGUCAUUAUCCCUGACUAUUGACUAUCUUGGCUAGGGCUAAUAGAAGUCGAAAUCUAAUAUUUUGUUCUUCAUUCUUAUCUUAGCCAAAUAUUAUCAGAACUUCAAAGGACAUUGUUGAACAUUUAGACAAAAAGUUGGAAAACAGUACUGUGUGUUAAAGUGCUCAAAAUUGUGAUGUGGGAAUCAGAAUCUGUUGUAUGUGGAACUCGGUUUAUGAUUAAGAGGUAGAACUUAAGUACCUUCAAGUGAAGUGAAAGAACCUUCAGAUAAGUUCUGUUUUCCAUUGGAUCCUUUUCCCCCCUAAUUGGAUGUCUGGGUUGCCUUCUUUUGAGUCUUCUAAAUCUUUCAUCAAAUCCCAGUCAGAAAUCUUAUGGCACUCUCUUGACAGAUAUUCAUUAGAGAUUUUUAGAACUGAUUCUGCGAUGUGUGGGAUCUUGAAUUAUUACUUGUGAAUAGCAAUGGUAUUUUUUCUCUCCUAUAUUGUUGGUUUGCUUUGAUAUCCUACCCUUCCACCAGCAGUCUCAAAGCAACACACAUCAUUCUCUGUGCUCUGCCUGUUUGUUCUCAUAACAAUCCUAUGAUAUAAUGACUGGUCCAAGAUCACUCAGGGAUCAUCAUAGCAGAAUAGGGAUCAGAACCCAAAUCUACCCAGUACUAGUCCAACACUCUUAAGUAUCAUACUGUCCCAAGGUAUGCUUGCUAUAUAUUUGCUACAGUUAUAUAGGAUUCCUAUGAUUUGCUUUAUUUUACUUCAGAUACCACAGUAAAAACAGGAUGUGCUAAUGGUGUUAUCUACUCUGGAAAGGAAAGAAGUACUGUUUUCACUGUAGCUUCUUUUUUCCUGUAACUUCUUUUUCCUGUUGAUCACAGGAAACUCUUUAGUAAGAUAGUCCCUCUUUUGCCUGAGUGUUCACAACUGUGCGCUGUAACAUGCAAGGAAAUGGCUUUGUGUCUCUUCUCUCUUUCCCAGCCACUCUUCAUUGCUGAUUGUGCUAAUAUAUCAAACUAUAGUUUUUACUAAAAUGAUGACAUAUUGGAAUGCUGCCCAGAUGCUAGUGCAAACAAUAUGUGAAUAUUAUCUUCAAGCAACGUGGUAGUUCCCAGUUAAAAAUUAACUUAAGAAGGAGUGUGAAUUCAUGACAUUUGUAGAUUAAAAUAGUGUUUACUUGCAUCCUGCACAGUAAUGACCUUAACACUCCAUCUGAACAAAUUAAAUUAAAGUUUUGGAAAUGAUGAAAGCCAGCAGUGCUUAUCAGUGCUCACAUACCGUUGUUGUUCUUGCUGCUGCUGCAAACCAGGAGGUAGAGGGGGAAUGUUAAUGCAGUGCAGCCCCUCUACCUCCUGUAAUAAUAAUAGUAAUAAUAAUUUUAUUACAUUGCAUUUUGGAGCUCAUUGAAACAACUGCCAAGAAGCUCUUUGGGAGUUUACAAAGCGCUGGUGUUAACUUGGGUUCACCUGCUGUGUUCUUGCUUCUGUACUCUUAAAAUGCUUGUUCAGUUCUUCAAAAUAAUAGGUAGGCACUUAUAACAGAAAAUAGAGAGAAAUGUUCACAGCAGAAUCCCUUAGUGCAGUGUUUCCCAACCUUUGGGCCUCCAGCUGUUUUCGAACUACAAUUCCCAUCAUCCCUGACCACUGGUCUUGCUAGCUGAGGAUUAUGGGAGUUGUUGUCCAAAAACAGCUGGAGGCCCAAGGUUGGGAAAUGCUGCCUUAGUGUAUCAAACUUCAGUUCUGUUGUCUGUUUUUAAUCCAUUUUGUUGGAGAAGGUAUUUGUUUUCAAAUCUGUCCUGAGCUUUUAUAAUGGGGCAGGCUAAAAAUCCAUAUAAAUCCUAAUACCAGUAAAAUGAGGAUUUGCCAUUUUCAGUUACCAUAGAAAAGCUAACUCGUCAGCUGAACAAGAACAUUGGCAGAGUAACACUAUUAGGACCCUUCUAUAAAGAUAGGUUUGUUCUUGCCUCAACCUAUAUACCAUCUCUGUUGUGUUACGUUCAUUAUUCCAAAAGUUUUUUGUAUUCCAUUUUUGACUAACAUAGCUUGAACCUAUGUUUUAAAGGAAGACAUACAGGACUACAGAAUGCAAGGUAGGACUAAAAUAAGGAAAUACAUAGCCACUGCCCUCAACUGUGUUUGCAUAACUUUUCCUGCACCAGAAUAUGAACUUUUUGACACAGAUUCAAAUUGUCAACAUCCCUGUCCAUGAGGCUUACUACGAGCCAGCCUGCAAAAUUUAAUUAGGUUACCGUAAUUUUCGCUCCAAAACACGCACUUUUUUUGCUCCUAGAAAGUAAGGGAAAAUGCCUGUGCGUGUUACGGAGUGAAUGCACUCGACCGGAGCCAUGGCUGCUGUCAGUCAAGCAAAGCGGGAGCCGCUUGCAGGGCUUCUGUCCCGCUUUGCGCGGCUCUAGCUUUGCUUGCUUUACAGCCAGGAGGAGGGGGAGGAGCCGGGGAGGAGGAAGGGAAGGAGAGCCAUGGCAGCAAAGCGGGCAGCAGCCGCUUACACGGGAGGAGGGACAGACGGGAGCCGGAAGGUCCGUGUGCUCUCUAAACGGAGCAAUGAGGCUGCAGAGGGACGGCAGGGCACAGGAGGGCUCUGAGCCACGAGCUCAGUGAAAACCAGUAAAAAAUGUUUUUAAAAAGGCUGCUGGGGACAGGAGGGCACGGGAUGAGGGAGAGGGGAAAAUUACGAUUCUCCCAGCGUCUCAGCUGAUCCGCUGAGCAGGACUUGGGUUGCAGGGGAUUCGCCAUUAGCUGCAUAAAGCAGCAAAGAGGGAGAGAAGGAGCAAAGCGGGAGAGGAAAGGAGCUGCUUACACUGCUGUAAGUGGCUGCUGUCUGGUUGGCUCCUUUAAAGCAACAGUGCUCUUUCCCUCCCCCCUCCCCGCUCAGCUUGCCGAAAAGCUCCUUUUCCACACACCCCACGCGAGCUCCUUCUCCCCUUAAACCCCUCUCCUGCAUCAUUAGCAGCAUCCUUCUCCACACACCCCAUGCGUGUUCCUUCUCCCCUUAAACUCCUCUUCUGCAUCAUUAGCAGCAUCCUUCUCCACACACCCCACGCGUGUUCCUUCUCCCCUUAAACCCCUCUUCUGCAUUAUUAGCAGCAUCCUUCUCCACACACCCCACGCGUGUUCCUUCUCCCCUUAAACCCCUCUUCUGCAUUAUUAGCAGCAUCCUUCUCCACACACCCCACGCGUGUUCCUUCUCCCCUUAAACCCCUCUUCUGCAUUAUUAGCAGCAUCCUUCUCCACACACCCCACGCGUGCUCCUUGUCCCUUGAAUGCUUUUCCUUCCCUCCCCAUUUAAAACGUGGUUACAAAGCACGGAUCCACAUGGAUCCUCAGGAUUUUUGCACUGGGUCACCCCACGUUCACCAUCAGAUCACAUAGCAUAUCCAUGGCUACAGCCUGCACCAAAAAACACACACGCACCCACUGUUUCAUGGGGCUGCAAUGGCGCAAACACGUGGUUACAAAGCAUGGAUCCAUGGAUCCUCAGGAUUUUUGCAUUGGGCUACCCCAAACUCACCGUCAGAUCACGUCUGUGGCCACAGCAUGAACCACAAAAAUCAUACAUCCACUGUUUCGUUUAGAAUAUUUUAUUUCUUGUUUUCCUCCUCUAAAAACUACGUGCGUGUUAUGGUCAGGUGCGUGUUGUAGAGCGAAAAAUACGGCAAUCUACAUUUGUUUGAUGACAAAUAUACCGAGUUGACUCUUAACUCUUAACUGACUCUUAACUCCACAUGACUUUGUACAAUCUUAUUACCUCACAAGUAUCUAAAUAGGGAGUUUCCUAAAGAUGCUUUCUGGGCAGAUUAAUGAAUUUGCCUAGAAAGUAUCUUAAGGAAUACCUUUUGAAAACAAAUCUUGUGUUUUAAAAUAUAUCAAGUAGCUGUUAUUUUACUUACAGCGUCUGCAGAGUGUUAAAAUGCUCUUCCUUAUCUGCCCAACGGUCCCUCCUCUUUCCAGUACCAUACGCAAGCAUGAAGGCCGUUUUCUGGCAGCAGAUAAAUUUCCAUAUCGCUUUCCCUGUCAGAUUCCUGGGCUAUGAGAUAAAGUGGUUUCAUACAACACAAAAAGGAGAAGGUUAAUGUAAAGUUCUUGAUUGCACUUAUGGGUAAGAAAAACUUGGCUAAGGCUUUUAAAAGAAAUUAUGCAGGAGUAAGUUCUGGUGGGAGUUGAAAUGUUGCUGUUUUUCUCCUCUCUCCCCCAACAUGGAUGGUGUUUUCCAGUUCAGUUCUAGGGGCCUCAUUUAAGGUAAGCAUCACAAUCUGUUCUUUCCCUUGCACGUUCAGUUGUAGGGUGGUUCAGGUUUAAGAGAAUUGCAUGUUUAGUUUCUGAGACAUGUUUUUUUUUCUGAACCUUUUCAUGAAAUCUUUCUUUAGUUUUGCAAGUGACCGGGUUGGGGGGCAGUUAUAUUCUGCUGUUAUACAAGAAUUCUCAAUUUAGGUUUGAAAUAAACUAGAAUAAAGGAUUGUAAGAAAAUAUUCACCCUAAUGUUGCAGCACUUAAUUCUAAGCUCUUGCCUCCUGCUUUGCUAUCUUAGAAGUAACCAACUCAGACAAACUUAAAACAAUAGGUUCUCUCUUGUUUUUAUAAACUUGUUGGAACGUUGAAAUGAAAAGUAACCGUUGGGAAACAAACUUUUAUCCCACAAGCCUUCACUUUUUAACCAGCAGAGUUGUAAAUCGUCAAUAGAUGUCAUUUUUGUCCUUCACAACAUUUUGAUAUACUUUUAUUGCAAACAUAUCUAUUGCAAACAUAUUCCAAAAAGAGACUGUAUAAAUAUAUUCUCAAGCAAUUUUAUCAACCUCAUUGUGCAGUUUUAAUAACAUGAGGAUUUGAAAUAUGCAUGUGGCAAAAACUGGCUUUAAAAAAAUGGUAUGUUAUUAAGAACUUUAUUAUUUGUGCUAGUGAAGUAUAUUGGCAUGCCAGCUGAAACUGAUGUCAUUUUUGUAAGCUUUAUUCUUUGGAUUUAGUCACCGCUGGAUGCCUCACAGUUGCUGAGGUUUUUCCUCUGACAAGUUGCAGUUUUUUUCAUCCCAUUUCCUUUAUGUCUGGUUUUAUGCUGUCUAUAUCAGAGUUUGGAAAUAAAUUAAGCUGAACUGAUAGUGAAACCUUGGGUGCACCACUAAGUGUUUUAUAUAUGGAAUUAUUUUUAUUGCUUUGGCACAUGUAAUUGUUUUAAUUGUUGACAUUUUUAUUGUGAAAUCUCUGAGAUAUUUUAUUGAAAGUGAUUCAUAAAUUGAAUCGAAUAAAUAAACAACCAUUUUGGGGCACAGUGCUUCUGAUCCAGUAUAGGUCAGUUUAUUUGCCUUUACAAACAUAUUUUGACUAGCUGGUCAGGCAAGACCUGUCCACCUAUUUAUUAUUUCCUUUUUUCCAAAAUUGUGUACCCUUACCCGUUACCAUUUUUAAAAGGAGAGCAAACAUUCCACCUGCAUUUGCAGCUUAGGUGUAGGCAUGUGCACAUUUCUUGUAAUACCCUUGUGGUCACUGAAAAAAGGGUCAAAAUGUUAGAUGAACUGGUUACAUGUUGUAAAAGAAUGACAUUAUGUAUUUUGAGUGUUUUUAUGGCAAUAAACUUAGGCUUAACUAAAGAUCUCAGUGAUUCCAGGUUAGUGUCAUGAGUGGGUGACUGUUUAGGAAUAAUAGCCCUGUACUACUUUUGACGCGGGUGACGCUGUGGGUUAAACCACAGAGCCUAGAAUUUGCCGAUCAGAAGGUUGGCAGUUUGAAUCCCCGUGAUGGGGUGAGCUCCUGUUGCUCGGUUCCUGACCCUGCCAACCUAGCAGUUCGAAAGCAUGUCAAAGUGCAAGUAGAUAAAUAGGUAUCGCUCCGGCAGGAAGGUAAACGGCGUUUCUGUGAGCUGCUCUGGUUCGCCAGAAGCGGCUUAGUCAUGCUGGCCACAUGACCCGGAAGCUGUACGCCAGCUCCCUCGGCCAAUAAAGCGAGAUGAGCGCCGCAGCCCCAGAGUCGGCCACGACUGGACCUAAUGGUCAGGGGUCCCUUUACCUUUACUUUUGAAUAGCUCAGCUAUGCUCAUCUUUGUCUUCAGUAUGAUCCCAAUCCCUUACUCAUGGCCUCCCAUUCUAGAAUAACUCAUAAUGACUCCAGAGCUACUGUUUUAUCCUGACACUUAACCAUAUCAACAUAUCUUAUUUCUUUUCCUAUAGCUCAUCCUUCCCACCUCUCUAAAGUUUGUGUAAAGUGUGUCUUGUCAAGUUUAGUAAACUCUUAGUAAGCCCAUAGAAAAUUUGUGUGUUAGGAUUCUUGGAUCAGUGGACUAUUAUUGCAGACUAUUACUUGAACCUAUGACGUUUAGAAGGGAGGCAGCGAGAGAUUUUACUUUCUUGGGCUCCAUCAUCACUGCAGAUGGUGACAGCAGCCACGAAAUUAAAAGACGCCUGCUUCUUGGGAGAAAAGCAAUGACAAACCUAGACAGCAUAUUGAAAAGUAGAGACAUCACCUUGACAUCAAAGGUCUGUAUAGUAAAAUCUAUGGUUUUCCCAGUAGUGAUGUAUGGAAGUGAGAGCUGGACCAUAAAGAAGGCUGAUCGCCGAAGAAUUGAUGCUUUUGAAUUAUGGUGCUGGAGGAGACUCUGGAGAGUCCCAUGGACUGCAAGAAGAUCAAACCUAUCCAUUCUGAAGGAAAUCAGCCCUGAGUGCUCACUGGAAGGACAGAUCGUGAAGCUGAGGCUCCAAUACUUUGGCCACCUCAUGAAAAGAGAAGACUCCCUGGAAAAGACCCUGAUGUUGGGAAAGAUGGAGGGCACAAGGAGACAGAGGACAAGAUGGUUGGAUAGUGUUCUCGAAGCUACCAGCAUGAGUUUGACCAAACUGUGGGAGGCAGUGGAAGACAGAAGUGCCUGGCGUGCUCUGGUCCAUGGGGUCACGAAGAGUCGGACACGACUAAACAACAACAACAACAACAACAACUUGAUGUUUAUGCUAUGGAGUCCUACAGAGCUCAGUGUUAUACCCCAUGUUGUUCAACAUCUUUACUGUAUGAUGAUGCUGGGAGCUGUCACUUAGUGAUUUAGUCUGCAGGGAUAUUAGAACCAACAUCAACUGUGAUUUCAGCACAGGGUCUCCCUCUUUACAGCAGUAAUGGGAAUGAGCAAAGUGGCUUUGAGCUUCAUAUUAUAAGAUUAUGGAUUUAAACCAUUUUGCAUAUAUAUACAAAAACAAAACUAUGUAGACAAAAUAUGAAACAACUUGUCUGUUCCAUUAGCUCAGAUACAUCAAACACAAAUUAUAUAAUGUGCACUAAGUAAAGUGGAAGAUAUCCUGAGUAGGAACCAGCUGCAUACCCUGCCACAAUUCAACAAGAGACUACACACCAAUAGCUCCAAUGGCCCAUAUCAAACUAAUAGCAUGGCUCUCCAGUGUGGAAUAAAUUGAAGCUAGAAGACUCAACUCACACCACUGAAUUAAUUUCACUGCCUUAAUUUGCUAAUAAUGUCAAGACCACUUGUCCUCUCUCUCCCCAUCCUCUUGGGGGAGUAUGUUAAUGGAUAACUGCCAGACCUUCAUUGUUUUGUCAACAUGAAUCCAUACCUAAGGAAGUUCACUACUGCUUGCAUGUACAGAGAAAACUUGUGUAUAUUUAGGUUCCCAGAGUCCAGAGUCAAUUAGCAGGCUGCAGAUAGGAAUUUCUUAAGGAAAACAAGAUAACAGUCUAGGAAAUUGAUCUGAGUAAGCCUUCUGCUGCUGAGUCAGCAGCAGUUAGUGUUAAGAAAUGGAUCAGCUAUAAAAUGUGCAUCUCUCAUAACUUCCUUAAAAGUCAGAAAGCAUUUGCAGCCAUUUCUAUUUUAAAGACCACCUGUUCCCACAUGAAAAUGCCCAGAAAUUGAGGUCUUCAUCUGAGACCUUUAGAAUUAAGAUGGGUAGUGACCAGAGCCUUUUCAGGUGUGCCACCCUGUCUUUGCAAUACAUUUCCACAGAGGUUCAUCUGGCACUGAUCUAAAGUCAUAUUUCGGCAACAGGUGGAUAUAUUUUUCUUUUCACAGGCUUUUUGAUCUUAGUGUUUUAGCUUGGUUUUUUAAACUGAGUUUGAUACUGGUUUUGGCUUGGUUUAUAAGUAUGCAGUUACACUGUUUUAAUAGUUAAUUUAUUGUGUUUCUAUUUUGUAUCUUUUCGAUUGUUAGUUACCCUUGAGGCCUUUCAGGCUGAGGAGGAUUCCAAGUAAAUAAAUAUGAAUAGCAGGGAUUCGGAGGUGCAGGAGGGGAGGAAUCUCAAUCCUACAGAAUGUACUUAGAAGUUACAAGCUGUGCGCACAUGCAGUGAUAAGCCAUGCUGCCUAAUUGCUCCUGCUUUGCUCUCCCCCAGCACUAAGCAGGAAGCCUUGGCUUUCCAUUUCAUCCAAACCCAGGGGUCAUGGUUUGUUGCUUCCCAACAAGCCAAAAAUCAGCAUGCCAACAAACCAUUGAUUAAGGCUGGCUAGUGAUUGUGGCUUAUUAGUUUAGUGGUAAUGGAGAGCCACUCACACCAGGGGAGGAGUGAAGUGCAAGCAAUUGGGUACCGGGAUGUUGCUCAUUCAAAAUAAACUACAAUAAAGCCCAAAAGUCCAGCUUAUUGUUAUGGGCAAACAUGGCUAAUGUUUCUUCUGAAAUAUUAGAAACUUUUAAAACCUAAAGUAGGGUGAUGAAUGCAGCUUCCUGCUUUGAUGUACACUUCAGAAAGGCAAUUAGCAGCCGCAAGAGGAAUACUGAAAUCCAUUAUCUAUUCUAGAGAAGAGAUACCAUUAAUCAGAAUGAUCAGUUUGCACGGCUAUUUAAAGGUUUGUGUUCAUACUGACAAGGGACAUAUGUAUUAAACAGCUAGCUGUUCUAUUACUAAGGUAAAACAUACCUUCAAAUAUCUGGGCUUUUAAAUCAGGUGCACCUGAUCGUGUGAAGUGCGCACUAUUAUUAUUAUUUAUUAUAUAUUGCACCUUUCUCAAAAGGAUUAAACAUAUCACUACUAAAACAAUUCACUGAAAGCUUUUAAAAACAGUUUAAAACUCCUUGAGUGCUAACCAAAUACCUUACUUAGAACACUAACCACAAACACCUCUUGAUUGUGAGUUGAUCCCAUAUUUCUUCCUCACUUAAGUACCACGUAACAUUGGCAUCGACAGACACCUGUACUAUUUAAAUAUACAAAGCAUAUGUAUUGCUCUGUGAUUCAUUUUGGCAUAGGUCUGGCAUGUGCUGUAGUAUUUGUUUGUGCUAAUUUGAGCUGGCAAGAUAGCAGAAGCAUUUUUUCACUUAAGAGAGAGUGCAGAAUGCAGCACCUCAUCUUCAGAGUUUGUAUAACCAAAAGCAGAUAUGGUAUUGUUUAAUCUGAGUAUAUUUAGGACAUGGAUUGAUUGACUAUGAAUAACUGAAGUUCAGGAGCAUAUGAAUUGGACAGUACACUGCCUUUGAACAACUGUAUGCAUGGGUUUAUUUUAAUCAUUAACUGAAGACCUAUGUGGGAUAGCAAUCUGAGUGGGGGCAUGUUAAAUGCAUGUUCUUGUAAGAUGCAAUGCAUGUGAGAAAUUGUGGGUUGAAUGGCUGCCAGCAGCUACUAGGGGGUGGUGUGCUAUUUGGUAAAAUGCACACGCUUCGCUUUACCUGUUUUUCUGGAUAAGCUUCUGCUUUUAUGUCACAGUGUAGGAAUACAGAAUGUGGAAAUCUCCUGUAGUUAGUUAUAUGUUUAGCAUACCACCGACAACUAAAAUUUACUUUGUGUUUUUCCUGCCCAGAUAUGUUGCGCUGUUCAAAGUUGUUUCAUGAAACCAGCUAGCACAAGUAAUAGUGUGUGCCAUUGAUUCUGUUUGUUUGGCAAGCACCUCCUAAAAUACAUAAUGCCUUGGAUGACUUUAACAUGCCACAAAAGAUAGAGCCCUAAGAAUGUUUCACCUAUCUUUUGCCAGUAAAGCACAACUGCGUCCACUCUGGGUACUUAACCUGACUGAGCUGGCAGUUGUCCAUUGUUAUCAAGAGAGUGGGGGAAGGGAGGGGAUAGAAUAACUUGAUCCUCUUAGUCGAGAUAUGCAACACACGCUGCAGACAGCCCGAUCUGGAUUUUAUUUCUUCAUCUCUAUGUGAUCCAGUAUGCAUUCCUAACAUGUUACAAACAGUUUGUGUCUCUGAAAGCACAAGAUCAGUUUUCAGUGGCAACAGCCCCUAAAGGAAACAGACUGAUUCCUCCUUGAGCAAACAUCUGGCCAAUUGUGGAUGGAAUUAAUUGCUGAUCUCUGCUGCCUGUGUUUUUCUUCUCUUGUCAUUUCCUUUGCAGCUGUGAAAGGCAAGUUUUUAGACCUGAAAGCAGCAUGGACAUUUCCAGCAGUAGUAGUCUAAAGUUACAAAUAUUAUAGAUACAUUUGGAUUUAAAUACAGUGGUACCUCGGGUUAAAUACGCUUCAGGUUACAUAUGCUUCAGGUUACAGACUCCACUAACUCAGAAAUAGUGCUUCAGGUUAAGAACUUUGCUUCAGGAUGAGAACAGAAAUCGUGCUCUGGUGGUGCGGCGGCGGCAGGAGGCCCCAUUAGCUAAAGUGGUGCUUCAGGUUAAGAACAGUUUCAGGUUAAGAACGGACCUCUGGAACGAAUUAAGUACUUAACCCGAGGUACCGCUGUACCUCCUGCAAACAUACUAAUUUUGAAAGCUCAAUAUGAGAUAUGCAAUUAUUUUGGAAAAAAUUAAGACUCCGUCUAUGUUUGCAACACUUUAAAAAUUAAGAACCUCUAGCGUGUCAAGCUUACUCCCCUGCAAUUAAGGAAAAUAACCGCCUACAAAGCUGACUGUUUUUUUUAAUUGCUUUUAACCAUUGGUAACAUUGAGAUAAAUUCCAAAAGGUUGAUUUAGACAGAAAAGUACAUAUUUUAAUAAUGAUCAGAAUUGCUGUUUUGUCAGAAUCUUGUCAAAUCUUGCUCUUUUGUCAUAUCACAAAUCAUCAACUGCAUUCAAGAACAACUUCUAACAUUUGAAAGGUAUGAUAGUUAACCUACAGGUUUACUGUUAAUGCCCAGAGGCAAACUGCAGUGUUAACAGUACUUUGUCUCCACUCACAUAUUUCUUAGUUUAUUGGAAUAAAUUCCUUGGUUACAGUGGUGGAAAUUAAAGAAGCCACUUUGUAGCAGACUCCAUACACUUGAAGAGUGGCCUCAGUGCUACUCACCCAAGACUCAGCCUGCUGGUUUCCUAUUUCAUUGGCUAUUUGUUUAUGGCAAGGUACCUGUAGCUUCCUGCCUGUGUCUAAAUCAUGUGGCUUUAUAUCACUGUUGAAGUCAUCUAGUACCUAGAAUGUAGCAGGAGUGCCUGCAAGUAUGGCCUGAUUGUCUGAUUCUGCACUCUGGGUUGCUUGUUGUCCAUCCCUGCCAAGCUCUGCAAUCGCAUGGCUAUCAGCAGACAAAUUUAGAAGCAAAUGCUAAGUGUUUUGAGGAAAGUUUCAUUCAGUCCAUUCUUAGCCACUGUAUCGACCAAACACCACUGUCCACCAAGGAGCUACAAGCUUGGCAGGGGGUUGGACUCGAUGGCCCUUGUGGUCUCUUCCAACUCUAUGAUUCUAUGAAAAACAUUAAAACUCUUAAGGACUUGAUAGUGCUUCACACCACCUAGAGGAGCUUACUGUGUCGUCACUCCCUAUCCCUAUUUAUCCUCACCAUCUUUGUUCUCCCCAGCUUAUAUACUUCAGUGGAAAAGUACAGAAAAAAGGUAGAAAGCAAGAAUUACCACAGUGGCAUGACUGAAAAAUAAUAGAGAAUAGGCUUUUAAAAACACUGAAGUUAAUGUUUCAGUGAGAAAGAAGACUGUAGGGAAUUGUGGUGAUGAUGAGGAAGUACCACCAAAAUAGGGUGGUCUAUAUUGAGCUUUAUGUUGCAACUCAGUGCAUGCUUACUUGGAUGUAAGCCAAUUGAGUUCAGUGUGACCUUCAGUACACAACACAUAGAACAGGACUCUCAAAAUACUAAGUAAAUGUUGCCUUAGAAGAAACGGCUGUACUUGGGAUGUGUAUCGAUAAACAGGAGUUUUACCUCUUGGGAAUCUGGAAGCAAUGUUGUCCUAGAUUGGCUAAACUGAUGAUUUUGUAUGUGUUUAGUAUUUUAUUUUGAGCAUGGUUUUAAUUUCUUACAUAUUUUAUUUUAAUAUUAAAUAUUCUAUUUCCCUCACACUUGCCAUAACCUGACUACCUUUCAGAGUCUAUUAUUUUGUAGGCUAAUCUAAUAGGAAUAUUGACUCUAGAGGAUGCUGUCUCAGGGUAACAAGUCUAAGAUAAUCCACAACUCUAUUUCAGUCCCACACUACUUUACCGCCCUGCCAAAGCAUCUUGACCACCAGCAUUUGACAUUCUGAAUAUGAGUCCAGGGAUGAGCAUCUAAAAUGAUGCUCCACAUUUUUUUGUGUCUAUUUUUCUUCUCAAACUAAGAUUAACUGAAGCAGAAGUUUGAAACUCCUCAUGUUCUUUCAUUCAUUACACAAUUACGUGCACGUAUUUGUGUGUCCUCCCUCAGCUAUCUCAUAUUAAGUGGUUUUUGGCAGACAAUGAGAGUUAUGGAAACAAUUAAAAUUCCUAUGAAACAUUGUCUCACUUGUUUAUUUGGAAGAGUGGGUGGUGGUUGGGAAAUAAAAGGGCAGAGCCUUGCUUUAAAACAAAAGUAAUUUGCUUUGGAGAGGACUUUUUCAAGGAAAAAAUGUCAGUGUCUUGUAUAAGUUUUAAGCUUUCUGUCAAACUGAGCAUUGACAAUACUAGGUCAAACACAUUCAAAAUAUUCUGACAAGCAGUGAUACAAUACUGAUAUGUAAUUGGAUUAUGGUUUAGUGUAGAAAUGAAGUUUAAAUGCUCAUUAAUUUCCUACGGAUAAAAAUACAGAAUAAAGCAAUGGUUUGAUCUAAUCAUACUUGGAGCGUGCAGUGUUUAUUCAGAAGAAUCCCCACAAGCAGGAGACCUCUGCCCCCCCCCUUGGUAUGCAUGGGUACCAUAGAAAUAGGAAACUGUGGUGCAUGGAAAUGGGAGGCAGGAGGGCAGGUGUCUUAUUUUUGCCCAAAAGCAGGGAUGAGGAACCUGUGGCUCUCCAUGUGUUACUGAACUCCAACUCCCAUCAGCACCAGCCAACAUAGCCAGUGGUCAGUGAUAAUAGGAAUUGUAGUCCAUCAGCACUUGGAAGGCCAGACACUUUCCACCCCUGCCCUAUAGGGAUCUAAUGCAGGUGCUACACCCAUCAUAGGACUGGAUUAAGCUUUACGUGUACAUAUCAAAUAUCCACUUUAGUUAAUAUAAGCACUCUUGUUUUUCUUUUGGUUUUACUGGUUUGAUAAAAAGGGUUCUGCUACAGUUCAUUCAGCUACAGUUGAUGGACUACUGCCUGGAUGACUUUUUGUUUCUUAUUACUAUUAGCUAUAUAACAGAACCUGCCAAUAACUGAUAUGAUGAUGGAAGUAUUUGCUGUGAUUAAGGCAACAUAUUCUGGGACUGAUAUGAUAAUUUGGACAAAAAUACAUAUGACCUUACUCAAUUUUGGCAAGUUUUGAGGAUUUAGGAGUUACCUUUUUAAAUAUUAACAAAUUUGUUUUAAGUUUAUAAAAAUACUUUUACAAAUAGUAAUUAACAACAAACCAUACUGGCUGAUACUAUCUCAUGUAUCUCACUCCCCUUACACAUCCUAAUGAAUGUUCUUGACAAAUCUAAUGUGAUUAAAAUAAAUAAUAUAUAUCAUUGUAUGAUAUUUAAAAUAAUAAAUAAAUAAUAGAAAAAGUUAAAUUUCAUGGGUAAGAAUGUGAAAUCAGCAGGUAUGCUACUGCUAUCUUUGCUAAUGAUCAAGAAAUGUACACAAGAUUCUUUUUAAAAAUACCUUUAAUUUAUGCACUUUUCCCUAAACUAUUUUCUCAUGCAUUGGCAAGAGAGAAAACUAUUUUCUCAUGCAUUCAGCCAAAGUGGUAAUGAUGAGAUAACACUGGGACAUAUAUAAGCCAACACUAUAGCCCUGUUCUCAUUUCCUGUGUGGGCCAGGGGUGCCCAAAGUUUUUUCAAAGAGGGCCAGAUUUGAUGAAGUGAACAUGUGUAAGGGCCAACCAAAGUUGUUGAGUGUUGAGCUUUUUUUUAGGCCCCCGAAACAGACAUGCCUGGUGUAGGCAAUCCCUUGCCCCACACUCAGUUCGCCUCAAGAUAGGAAAUUGACUUCUAUGUUAUACAGCAGUGCACCUACAAAAGCAUUAUUAAUACACUCUACUGAAUGUAUGGAGGGUAGGUCCUGCAGGUGCAUGCAUUCAUUGACCAAGUAUGUUGAAGGUGUCAACAGCGCAUUCUGUUGUUAGUACUUAACUUCAUGCACUGAGGAGUAUACUCAAGAGAAGUGAAUUCUGCAGUGACUGCAGUAACAAUUCGAACCAAAACACAUUGGUAUAAUGGGUCUGCUAAUUGCCUUUUCUUAACCAUUUAAGCUGGGUUGUCAGGAAAAUUUAGAGUUAAACUAGAAAUUGGAUUCUGGAUAAAGCAUUCAUUCAGUCUGAGUUAGAUGAGUCUCCAAUGAUUUUGGCAGCUAUAAAUUAACAGGUGCAGCUGUGAGGAGACUGAUGGCUAGAAUGAUUGGAGGGAGGCAUGAUCACCUUCACUUAAGUGAAAUAUUUUGUGACAAAUGAGAAUGCAAGGAAAGUAUAUCAUUCCAUUUGCCUCUACACACCAUGAGGAAUGUGGUCUUCACUUUUUCACCUGGCUAUACUAUUCCUGUGGGACGCGGGUUGCGCUGUGGGUUAAACCACAGAGCCUAGGGCUUGCUGAUCAGAAGGUCAGCAGUUCGAAUCCCCAUGAUGGGGUGAGCUCCCGUUGUUUGGUCCCUGCUCCUGCCAACCUAGCAGUUCGAAAGCAUGUCAAAGUGCAAGUAGAUAAAUAGGUACCGCUCCAGCAGCAAUGUAAACGGCGUUUCCGUGUACUGCUUGGGUUCGCCAGAAGCAACUUAGUCAUGCUGGCCACAUGACCUGGAAGCUGUCUGUGGACAAACACCAGCUCCCUCAGCCUAUAGAGCAAAAUGAGCGCCACAACCCCAGAGUCGUCCGCAACUAACGGCCAGUGGUACCUUUACCUUUAUACUAUUUCUGUAGUGAAGUAAUCAAACAUUUUCUGCCUCAUUUCAUAGCGGACCUCAUUGUGAGAGACAAGGUUGUGCAUGUAAAUACAACUUUAGAAAGGGAAAAUCCAGUGAAGUUGGAAGGGAAGGGGAAAGAACUAGGAACUUCAUUCCUCCCCUUAUGUAAUCUAAGAAUUCCAUGAGGAAAGGGGAAAUUAUAAAGUCCUGUCCCAUCUCUUUUGCUACAUUCCUGAUAGAAAUUGAGCAGUCUGUUUCCACUUCAUAUAAGUGAGAGAGUAAUGGUAUUUAGAAAGUAGGUUAGAGAGUGAAGCAAAACACGUAUGAGUGAAUAUGAAUAAUGAAGCUAAGUAUUUUGUAUGUGAUAAAAAUGACUUUGUAAGCUCCACCCAUCCCUGGAUUUCCACCAUAUGGCUUUUUUCAAGUGUUGAAAUUUUGAAUACUGUACAGAAUAUUCAAGGCAGGAGAGCACAAAAUGAAUAAUCACGCUUGUAUAGACCACCCCAUUUUUUGCUAUUGGGAGGGGGGCUAUCAUAAAGAAUUAGCCAAUACUAAACCCUUUUAAGGUUUUGAACUUCAGAUAUUUGAAAGAGAAAAGGCACAUUGCAUAUAGGUGCUCAGCAAGAGCCAAUUACUGCUUACCCGAGGUGAGUGAACAAGUGGCAAAUUAUAAGGAUAUCAAGGUUUGGCAUCUCAGAACAACUUGUUGAUACCAUUAGACAGUUUCAUCUCUUCUAUGUGUCAUUCUGUGAAUCCAGGGCAGCUACAAAUGCCCAGAUUUGUUUUCAUUCACUAUUUGAAGCAAGGCAAUAGUGAGAAUAGGUGAAAGUAAAGGGACCCCUGACCAUUAGGUCCAGUCGUGACCAACUCUGGGGUUGCGGCGCUCAUCUCGCUUUAUUGGCCAAGGGAGCCGGCGUACAGCUUCCGGGUCAUGUGGCCAGCAUGACUAAGUCGCUUUCUGGCGAACCAGAGCAGUGCACGGAAACACCGUUUACCUUCCCGCAGGAGCGGUACCUAUUUAUCUACUUGCACUUUGAGGUGCUUUUGAACUGCUAGGUUGGCAGGAGCAGGGACCGAGCAACGGGAGCUCACCCCAUCACGGGGAUUCGAACCGCUGACCUUCUGAUCAGCAAGUCCUAGGCUCUGUGGUUUAACCCACAGCACCACCCUAUAAUAGUGAGAAUACACACCUCUUAAAUGCCAGGAGUUCCUCUAUUUGGUGGGAGAGCAAUAGGCUAAUGUUCCGAUGGGUCUCUUUAAAACAUCAGUUGGCAGGAUGUUAUAGACUUGCAUCCAAAACUGAAAAUCUUCCUUUCUGUGUGUGUCCCUCUAGGCCCAUAUCAUUGUAGCUUUUAUGUAAACUGUAUUCAUAUUUAUCAGAAUUUAUGAUAAGGAAAACAUUUACAGUGCCUUCCAAACCCUCAGAUAACAGAAUUUGUAGACUUGGCCAGUGCAAAGUACAUGCUUUCAACAGUUUUGUAUAGUAAUUUUGUCCGCAGAAAGAGCUCCACCCUUGAUCUUUACCACAUGUAUUAUGAAGAACAUGAUGAAAAAGAAGGGUCACCUCCAGGGCAAGAUUUCUUCAGCAUUGCCAUAUGUGAUCAGCUUCAGUUUCCUGUUUUAGGGUUUUUUUAUAAGGCAGUUGGGCAGCUGCUACAGUCUGUUGGAGGAAGAAAAUAUAGUGCUUUUCUGCUGUAGAUUUCAUACAUUUAGCAAAAAUAUUUUGGUCAUGCUGGCUGGGACUGAUUGGGAAUUGUAGUUCAACAAUAGUCCACAAGGUUCUAACCUCUGCUCAAGGGAUAUCUUAUUGUUUACACCUUGCCAAAAUAAAUGUCACUAUGAUCAUUGGUUUUGUACAGGCAGAGCAUGAAGUUCAUAAUUUAGACAAUUACAGAGUGACUUAAGACAGGAAAGAAGGUAAUGAAGGAUGGCUCAAACAUAUUUGGAAUUCUCAGAGUAAACAAAUGUUGAAGUUUUUUAUUUGGAAAAAACCACCCUGAAUUUAACCUUAGGGAGACUUCACUGUCAUGGACAUUGUAAAUAAGGCUUUGAAAUGUUAAAAUGUUGCUAAGCAUUGAUUAAACAUUUAUUUACUAACUGUAUAGCAAAUAAAUACUUGCAUGUUUACGGUAUGUAAUUUACCAGAAUUGGAUGAUAACUUGUGAUCUGGUAAUUCUGCUCUUCGAGACAUCGUGGCAUGAACUUUGUGUAAGAGUGGGUUCAUUCAAUAAAAAAAAAUAAAGGCGCAUUUAAAGAGCCUUUUAUUCCACCCAUAAAGAUGCUUUGUGCUGUAGCUGCUGUGUAUUUGACGGACCAAUUGGGGAGAGACACAGCCAAAGACUGUUUUGAAGCAUAUUUCAAUGCUCUUAUGCUAAAAACUAUGCCUUCAUCUUUGGUUUAGCAAUGUGAAUGGUAAGUUUAAAUUUGUGUGAAUUAUUCUAUUUCCUCUGCAGGCAGUGUUUCUAUCCAUGCAAAUCUCUUCUCUUGCAAAUUGUUUUUUUCCUUCUAUAUUAUUGUUCAUAGUGGGUUCUUGAGGGGAUAUUAGAUCUUACAAUUUUGAAGUGUUUGCAGUUAGUCAAGAGUUUCAUGUGGUUGGACUUAGGAGCAAGUUUUAACUUCUAGUAUGUAAUCCAUGCUAAUGAUUUUCUGCAUUUGUGGUAGGUGGACACCUGUACAGAUAAUGACAGUUUUAUGUACAGUAAUGAAAUAUUUGGGUAUUAGGAUGGGCUGCCUAUGAUAAAAUGACCAAUUAUGGUGUUAACAUACAUUACGUACGUGGAAACAACUUCAGCUUUAGGCACUGAAUGAUAUAGCAAUAGCAGUGUGGCUAUAGCUGCCUCCAGUUAAAAAUCUGUGUCUUCAAAUCUGUGUUUUCAACAGUAAAUUAUGCUAUGGUUUCUUCUGAAUACUAAGGGCAUACAAAUGAUAAAUCAUUAAAUCUAAAGGUAUAUAGUAAGAAGAAAAUGAAACAUUUCUAAAACUAGAAAUAGACACAAAUUAACCCAUAUCUGUAAAGUGAAUACUUUUGACUUCUAAGCAGAUUCAGGCAUCAUGUUCAGAUCUUGCCUGAAAAUUCUGUUAGGCAGUUGUGCAUGGGUUUUGCACACUGGAGUUAUAAACUGCCUGGCUGUGAUGUGCUAUCUUACCACUAUAGUUCCUGGACAAUUGGAAGAACCCUGAGUUCAAAAUUUCAGAGGUAAUCCCGAAAUCAUUUCAGUUUUACCUCCUUGCUAAUUAUUAUAGGAUAGAUACACUGUGCUUCCAUAGAGAAUUGUGAGCUUCACAUAUUGAAGAUUAUGACCCUGUAAUUGUUAACAUGGUCCUUUAUCCAAAGAUGGAAAAGUGGUCAGCUAAGUCUCUGAUAUUGCCAGAGCUGGAUGACUCUAACAGUACAAUCAUAUGCAUGCCUACCCAAAGAUAAGUCCCACUGAGUUCAGUAGAGCUUACUUUCAGAUCAGCAGGAUCGGAUUGCAGCCUAAGUAUCUUUUCAACCUUAUAAAAGCAACAUAUGCUUAAAAUCUUUAGGAUCUUUUCUGUUCAUCUUCACUUACAUUUUGGCAAAUUUUAUUAAAUCUACCUUGUCUCUAACACACAUUUUUUAAUUUUGAUGUCUGAAAGUACCUGCAUCUCAGUUUUGAUAUAAAACAAAGCAUUGACAAUUGAUGCUGAAAAUUUGCAUGUUUUCUUGUGCUCUUUCUACAUUUUAGUCCUAUAAUCCUAUUCCUUGCUUCAUUGAAUACUGAAAAUGACAUAUAUUGACAUGACAUACAAUUCUAUGUGAUGUCCAGGAAAUAGAAUGAGAGAUGAACUUUAACCUGCCAUCCUGCCAGCAAAUGUUCAUUGUUGUAGAAGCAGAAAUUCACUUAAUGUUAAGGAUAGGAUAGUAUUUAAAAAAACAAACCAAAAACCAGCUGGAUUACGUGUAUUGAAGUAUUUGAUUAUGUAUGAUUGCCAAAGAGAGGUGCCCAGAAUGAAGGGCUUCUGCAUUGUUUUUAUUAGCUAUGAUCCUGGUAUGUGGUGAGAUACUCAGUUGACUAAUUGUUCCAGGUGACUGCAAAUUAUUUGCAAGCAGCCAAGCUAUUUUGGAAUCCUGGGACAUAUAGGCUAUCAGAACUUUUUCAUGGGUUCACAUUUUUUGACUAUCCUUUGUAGCAGAAAAAUCAUGGUCACCUGCCCCACGUUUAUUGUAAGAGAGAACCUGUGCAUCCCUUUCUCUGAAGGCUCAUAUUCCUGUGAGAAAGGAAGACACAAGGAAGCUUGCCCUUUCAGCUGCAACAUUCCAGGUGCUUUGGUUCCCCAGUAACAAAGGAAGCUGCCCAUCUCCUCCUGUCAUAGGGAGUUUGAUCUUCUGACUUUUGCACAGCCAGGCACCUUAGAAAUACAGUGGCCAACUCCUCCAGCCUUCUUCCAGACUGCUGAUCAAUUUCUGGGCAAUUGUUGGAGAGGGUAAAGUUGCAUUCAGUGUCAUUGUGUGCUUGUUAAGAGCAUUAUUGUGAUGAGAUGGGAUCUCAUUGCAAGAUAGUGGCCAAAAAAUAAAAUAAAAUAAAUCACCUUUUUAAAAGGAAGGUGGAGGAGAAAGAGAAAUUGUGUCAAUUGUCAGUGGUUUGGACUUGGAGUCCCGUUCCUUUUCUAGAACUGAGAGUUUGGCUGAAAUCCUGUGAUACACAGUGGGAAUUCACUUCCUGUCAGGAAAUGCUGUUUUCAGUGUUUUAUCUUGUUGAGGCAACCAUGAGUGAACAAUAGGCUAUUAAAGCUUUAAAAUAACAAGUGUCAUAACUAAGCCAAUAUUUAUUUUGUUCACAGUACUGUCCUAAAAGAAAGUAUUGGCUGGUUUUUAGAAUGGGUUAAGUAAUUGGCAGUUGUAUUGAACUUAGGGUCUGGCUAUGUUCUAAUUUUUUUUUAGCCAAAAGCAUAGUGCUGUACUUAACCUGCAGAGCUUCCUGCCACUGUUUCCUGUAGUAAAAGAGACAAAAAUAAAUGUACUAGUUUUAAAGGUACUUCAUAUUCAGAAUGCUAAAAUCACUUCACUUGAAAACUUGGCACUCUAAAUGCUUAUUGAAGAACCUAAAAAUGCAAUUCUAAGGUGGUGUUUUGGGUAAUAUCUACUAUUCCUUAAGGGUAUAAUUUCUGCCAAUUUCAAAGUACAGUAUUAAAAUUGUAUUUUACUGCAAUAUGCAUUUUUCAUAGUUAAACUCUAGCAAUUAAACCAUUCAGAAUGAACAUUCAAAACAUAUAAUGUGCCUCCUAACAUUACAUGAUUGCCACCAUUUUGUACAUAUUAUAAUUUUUAAAAAAGAUAAACCCUGGUGUCACGUUAGUCCUUUCUCCUUAACCUAAUCUUACCUUGGACCAUGUCUGGGAAACCUUUUUUUAGGCAGAGGGCCAUAUUUUUUUGUGGCCAACCUUCCAGGGCCAUGUGCCAAUGGUGGGUGUGGUCAAAACAAAAGUGGGCAUAGCCAGCACAGACAAUAGUACAGCACACACUGUACAUGCAAACAGUGCACAUGCACAGCAUGCACACACACUCUACAUUUACGCAUACACUUUUCAUGCACAUACAUGCAACAAGAAAGGUGAGGGAAGCAAAACUCUGCCCACCUUCUUCAGUUACUGCUUGAAGCUGUGGUUGCAGAAGAGAGCACUUUUGCACUUCCGCUUGGGCAAAGGAGAGAUGGGUGACCUCAUCCAAAAUGUUUUGUGGGCCAGGUUCAGGCUACCAGUUCCCAACUUGCCUCAGAUUUUAGAUUUUGAUAGGGACUUGUGUCUGUCUUUUUCUGUUAAACUUUGCUUCAUACAUGCAUUUUCCUUACUUAAUGACUUAUAUGUGUGAAUUACAGAUAACUUUCAUGUUUCAUAUUUUAUCAUAAUAUCUUAUGUUAACAACAGUGUAAUACUUUCCACUGGAGUUUUUCCCCAAAUACUGCUUCUAGACAUUAAUUUUUCAAUAAUAAAGUGGUGUUAACUAAUGCGAUGUACAGUGGCACCUCAAGGUACAAACACUUCCGGUUACAAACUCUGCUAACCUGGAAGAGCUACCUCGAGUUAAGAACUUUGCCCCAGGAUGAGAACAGAAAUCGUGUGCCGGCAGCACAGCAGCAGCAAGAGGCCCCGUUAGUGAAAGCACGCCUCUAGUUAAGAACAGUUUCAGGUUAAGAACGGACCUCCAGAAUGAAUUAAGUUCGUAACUAGAGGUACCACUGUACAUGCAUUUGUGAAUCGUACCUAGACGUAUGUCUGAGUAGUAUGCAUAAUUGUCAAUAAGCCCUAGGUUACACCACAUAAGUCUCAUUCUGCAGGAAUUUUGACUAUGUGCACUGUGUAGGCAUGGAUAUACCUUCACCAACUUAGAGUCACUGGGAUAUUUGUCUGUAUACCAGAUGGGCAGGGUAUAAAUAAAUUAUUAUUAUUAUUAUUAUUAUUAUUAUUAUUAUUAUUAUACUACACACCAGUUUGCUCAGGGCUGCUUGCAUAGAUGAAAAACAUGUAUUGUGCAAAGUGACCCUUUGAAUACCCUUCUGUUAUUGAACCUAAUUCAAAGGCUGUUCAAAUCAAUCUGUUGCGUUAAUUUGUUUGCCAUGACUAGCUAGUGACAUAUAAGUGUUGAAGUUUAAAAUCUUUCUCUUUAAAAUCUUUUUUGUUGCUGAGGAAGAUGAGUGACUGGCAGGCCUUUGCUGUGUUGGACACGAUGGAAGUAAUUAGAAUUUCAUUACGUGGCUGGCACUGGCUGUUGAUCCUCAUGGGUUCUCACAAAAGAAUUUCUGUUCAGAAUCUAACAUAGCUAGAAAACUCAUAUGUUUGCAACCAGUUUCCAUAGCAGCUUUGUAAACUAAUGUGAACAGGCAGAAGGCAUGAUUUCAUAAUGGCGAAAGUUCUCUGUUCUCUCAGUGUUGCAAAGUUUGUACUUCUAAUUCUACGUAACACAGGAUUUUUCUCAACUCAUAGCCAAGCUCACCAUUGGCAUGCCUGGGUGGAUAAACUGUAAUGCAAGAAAAACAAGAGUAUUUUGCAGCUGAGUAGAUAAUCAUUUCAGUAACUUCCCACACCUUCCUUUCAUGAGCCUUAAGUCCAUGCCACUAUUAUCACGCCAAGAUAAAAGUUCCUGUUGAGCAACUUCAGAUGGUAAACAAUAUGUUUAUGAGGAUCCUGAAAGUGACAAGUUAAGUGAUACUUUGUGGAUCUUAUGUGCAGCAACUUUUGUAAUCUUUUGCAUGCAUUUCAAACUAUUAUCACAGGCUUAAAAUCUUGUUUCUCUUCAACUAUCAGCAAUGCAAUAAAUUGAUUUUCUGAAAAAAGUUAAACCCAUGCAUACCUGGAGAUACUUUAAAAAGUUCAAAGCUGUUUCAUGAUUGGUCUAGACAGAUAUCUUUUGUUCACUCGCGGUACCUGAGCCUUUUAAUUCAUCCCCCACUUUUCAGUGAUUGAGUGGUUAUUAUUAUAUCACAGAAGGCUUGAAAGGAAAUGGGAAUGCAGGGCUGGGAACUGGGGGAGAGGAUUUGAUAGGCGGCAUGCAAUUGGAACGGAAUGUCAUGGAUGUGAAGAUGAGAGAGAACAAGAGGUGAGGUGUGCACAAAGCAGCAAAUAGAAGAUAAGCACAACCUAGGAAAGGAGGAGUGCAGAAAGUUGGAUGCCUACAGAGGCAUGUGUGAAAGCAACAGGAUGCCAAGGAAAGCGGCAACCAUGCAAAAAAUACUGAAGAGUUGUUUUGUGAAGGCAACUGUAAAUCUACCGGACUACAAGUUUUCUGUGCUUCCACUGAUACAGAGCUGCCAGGAUGUUGAAUGUUCUGCAGCAAAACUGAAACAGCUAAAAUACAACAAAAAGUUAUAUGGUAGCUGCUAGGCUUGGGCACAUGAUUACUACAGCUCUAUUAUGUGGUGGCAAUGGUAACUUUCAAAGUUUUAAAAAAAAGCAAGGGAAGAAGACUGUCGAACAUGGGUAGGCAAACUAAGGCCUGGAGGCCGGAUCCAGCCCGAUCGCCUUCUAAAUCCAGCCCAUGUACAGUCUGGGAAUCAGCGUGUUUUUACAUGAGUAGAAUGUAUCCUUUUAUUUAAAAUGCAUCUCUGGGUUAUUUGUGGGGCAUAGGAAUUCAUUCACCCCCCCCCAAAUAUAGCCAGACCCCCCACAGGGUCUGAGGGACAGUGGACCGGGCCCCUGCUGAAAUAAUUUGGUGACCCCUGCUAUAGAAGAAGCUCUAGCCUUGCAGACCGCAGUAUAGGUUGAUACUGUCCCUUUAAGACUAGUUAUGCCACUCCAACAGAGUGACUACAGCUUGUAGCUGAUUGGGGAGUGAUACAGCUCAGGGAGGAGUGCUUGCAACAGGAACCACUCUGUAUAUGUGCUGAACAUAAAGAAUAUUGGCCUACCACGCCAUGACUCAUCAUUUGAGAGCCAUCCAUGCCACAUGACAAUGACAUCACUGCCAGCAGGGGGCUACAACCAGAGGAAGCAAAAAGAAGCUCUGACAGAAAGGGAAUUUAGUGGAGGCACUCCAGGAAAGUGCAAUGACAUCUCUGUUCCCUUUCCCCAUGUAAGAAAAAAUGAAGCACAUCUAUCAUUUUACUUGAUCCCAGGGCAAGGAGGAGCUACAGGCAAGAAUUCAUAGUCUGUGCAUACAGUAAUUUUCACAUGUAACCCUCAGUUUUGUACACACAUGCAUGGAUCCUUGUUGAGAGCAGCAGCAGGGCAUCCAACAUCACACCUUCACCAGGAACCCAUAAACCCUCUGGGUGGGUCUUCAAAAUUGGUGGGGUGUGUACCUUUUGAACUAACUUCACCACAGUUGCAUCCUAAUCCAAGACUGAAAUGUUGCAUGCUGCAGUUAAAAAAGUAAACAGUUAUCGUCUGGACUGUUCUGCAGAAUAUGUUAACAUUGCUAUGGUUUCUGGACCCACUCUAUUUGUUCUUGAUCACUUUAAUCAGUUGGUGAGGUGAUAACAUCCCUACCCCAUGAAAAUUGUCUCUGUGUAACGUUUAAUCCUAAUUGUCUCUAAGAGUCCUGGACAAGCACUUCCUUUUUUCAUUUCAACAAAUAUAAAGGAGUUUUGUCUAUCUUCUCUCUCUUCAAAAAACCUGAUUGUACAAUUGGAAACUGGCUUAAAACAAAAGGCUUCUAAAGGAUUCUAGAGGCAUUCACUACGAAAUAGUCUUCACCCCUUCUUCAGUCUAGGAGACAGGCUUUUUAUGUAUCGCAUCCAAUGAAAUAUUAGAUGAAUAAAUUAAGAUGUAGUGAUCUCUCAGACAAUUUAUGCUUGCCAAGUGAGAUAUGAGCAGUUUCCUGGCUCCAUGUAUAAUACAGAUGUUAACCAGUUUAGUGACUUAACUCAUAUUUACUCUCAUUAACAUUUAAAUCUCUUAUUUCCAUCACUUCAUGGACAUUUAUUUUCAGUGAAGCUAGUAGUCAUCCUCCUACAUUUAUCUGGAAAUCAACUUUGAAUUGUAAACAAGAUCAGUAUGCUUUGAAAUCAUGCAGUUUAAAUCUAAUGAAGAUCACAUAUACAGUGUAAUUGCUCUCCUCAAGUUUGAGCAUCAAAAUUAGACCAGUAAACAUCUUUCAGUAAAAAAGUCCUUCAACAGUUAUUCAAUUUUGUGGUCAUUCCAAGCAAAUUACAAAGAGCACAAGCCCAUUCUAGGCUUUACAUUACUUCAUUGUCUUCAAAAGAAAUUUUAUUUUUCUUAGAAAUUUUGUUGUUACUGCCUUGCAACAAAUAAACCACAGUUUAAAUAAACCUUAUGCCUUAUGGUUUGUUUGUGGAACUAGGUCUGUUGUUGGCUUCCUGAUCUUACGUGUGGCUUGGUGUUAUAUGCAUAGGCAGGCUUUUCUUUAACUAUGGUUUAAGUGUGGUUUGUUUUAUCACCCUACCCAAAAAGUAGCAGAGUUGCUGGGCAAGAGCAGCUGGAAAUAGAAGCUGCACUUAGCUCUUCUUGCUGGCACUUUUCCUGAAGCUGAUGUCCUGAUAUAAGUCAGAUUUGCAGAUAUUGCAGCACACCUGCUUGGCAAGCACACAUGCACACCUUCUCUUGCUACUACUUAACAGCAUAGGUGGCGGUGCCUGCAAUAUACAUUAUGCUUCCUAGAAUCAAAGGAUAAAUGCACAGUAUUGACUGAUAGUUUUGAAGGAGGGGGAAGUAAAAAAAAAGAGUGGAUGCCGAGUGGAGGAGUGGAAGAAAAGGGUUAAAUAACUAAAAGCUACAAAGGAGAAUGGAUGUUGCUUUCUUUGGGGAAGGGUAAAAAGUAGCUGUUUGACAGCUGCCCAAGACUCAAAGAUGAUGAUCACAUUUCUCUCUCUCAGCUGAGCAAUGGAAAGGGAAAUGACAUAAUGCCAGCAGUUGGGUGCCACAAAGGCUUAAGGCAGAGGUUCCUAACCUUUUUGCUAUGGUGAGACACAAGUUCAAAUUUACUUAGUAUGGUGACCCAUCACUUUAUUGUCACAUGAAUUUUGGACUUUGGGUCUUUGGAAACUGUCCGUUUGGUGCAUUGUAAUGACAAUAUUACCUAUUUAUUAUCAUUACUUGAGGCACCCAAGCAAAAAUUUACAUAAUGACCCUAUUAAUGUGAAAUUUACAGUGCUUGCAUAUUGUAGCAAGAAAUCCUGACUUCACAUAUAUGCUAAUGAAUUCUGAACUGCCAGUGACUGACCAGGAACGAGACCCUGCAGUAUUAGUAAAUAGUUUAAUGAAACUGCCAACCCAUUCUAUGUUUUGAAUCAUUCAGAAAGAGUCAAAAUAAAACUGCCACUGUCAUAAUACCACUAUACACAUCUAUGAUGCAACCACACUUUCAACAUUGUGUAGUGUUCUGGUAAGCUCACCUCAAAAAGAAUAUUCCAGAGCUAGAAAAAAAUUCAGAAAAGGACAACAAAAAUGAUUAAGGGGUUGGAGCAAUUCCCAUUUGAGGAAAAGUUAAAACAUUGGGAGCUUUUUAGUUUGGAGAAAAGGGAGUAAGCAGUGGGGGGCUAGCUAGAGGUUUAUAGAAUUAUGCAUGGUGUGGGGAAAGUAAAUAGCAGUUUUUCUUCCUCUUCUGUAACGCAAGAGCCAACAAGUUGGGCUAUCCAACAAAACUGCAUUUUGGAAGAUUCAGGAUAGAGUACUUCACACAGUUGCGUAGUUAAACGAAGGAAUUCACUCCCACAAGAUGUCAUGAUGGCUUCCAAAAUGGAUGGUUUUUUAAAAAGCAUUAGACAGAUUCAUGGAGGCUGUGUCUAUCAGUUGCUACUAGCUACCAUGGACAUGUUCUCCCUUCACUGUCAGAAGCAGUAUGGGAAUCAGAAGUGAGGAGUUUCUGGUGCAUUCAGGUCCUACUUGCUGUCUUCCCAUAGAUAUCUGGUUAGCCAUUCUAAGAGCAGGAUGCCUUUGAUAUGACCCAGCAGGGGUCGUCUUGUGAUCUUCUACAGAGUUCUGGAGAAUAUGAAAUCUUGUACACUAUUUUGUCACACCUUUGUUGACCUAAUAAAGGUUUUGCCUAAUGCUAAUUUUAGAAUAAUAUAAGGGAUUUCCUUCAUGCUGGGCUUUAAUGUUUUUGGCUAGUUCUUCUCAGGGUCCUGUCUAAAACUUUGUGAACUUCUGUCUCUGCUACUGAUUAUCAGUUCCAUUUUUCUCACUAGAGCAUAUGGCUGACCUUCAAGAUGGAAUAGACUGAUAAUGGGAAGUGCUCACCAGUUAGCAGAAUUUCAGACAACUUGAUAACCUUUUGACUUCUUGAUAAUAGCAUUGUUGACUUGUAAGAAUUAAAGGUUAGCCUUGAUAGAAUGUGGACAAAGAGGAGGAGCUGCAGUGGCUUGCAGUAGGAAAAGGGUUGGGCACAUACUACAGCAGUGUGGUGCAAGAUCAGUUGUUCAUGUAAACAUUUGUAAAAUCUACCAGUUGCUGCACGUCUGUCACUUGAGUUGCUCGCCUUCCCAACUUUUGAACCUACACUCAGAGCAAAGAGGCAGCUGUUUCUCCUCUUGACAUUUUUAAGGAUGGGCAAAACUGCCAUAAAUCAAGAAUGACUUAUGAUAUGAUAUGAAUACAGUGUGUGAUUCCGUACUGCUAAAAGUAAUCAGAGAAAUCGUGAUCUUCAGAGGUAUUCCCAGUAGAAAGAGAGGUAUAUGUGCAAAAGAAAAAAGAAAUUCCUGAUUAACUCCCUUCAUCUAGUAUUUGCAGUAGUAUAUCUUUUUUGUAUCUUAACAACAAAUGAAAACUUUUUCUCCUGCUGCAUAAGGAAACUUUGGGGCUAACCAGAAGAACAAAUCUUGGUUGUGCAAAAGAAGUUGGGAGCCUAGGAGGUGCUGCAAGAGAGGAAAUAUUUACAAACUUACAAACUCUUGGCACUUAAGAACACUUCGUAUGAUUAAAACCAAAUGUAUUGUACAAUUGUUUCUUUUACGUGUCAUGGUUAUCUCAGUGGAACCAUAGAAACAGUUUACAGCUCAUAAAAAGUAAAGAAAAUAGUUCCAUUACUACAAGUUGAUCCACAGUGAAUACAAUAAAUUACACACAACUGCCAGCUUAUAGUAAAUAAAGAAUAUCCCUGGCCAGUAAUGUUGCUUUGUAAUGAUGAGAAAUUUCACAAUGCUGUCAAAUUAGAAACUGGUAUUUUUUAAAAUGUCUGUCAAGUACUACAACAAUGUGAAUAUUUCAGUUUUCAGUUCUAAAUGUUAUCAAAUAUGGUAUGCACAAAGUUGGUAACAUUCAGAAUCACCAUGGGGUUUUACCCACUUGCUAAGGAGGGGGCGACCCAAUCCAUUUUUUCCCUCUUUCUUUUCAGCUGAUGUUUGCUUUUGUCCAAGCUGAAUUAAGUAUAGUGAAGAUGAGCUAGGUCAUGAAAACCAAAAUUGAAAUUGCCAGUUUCAGUGCAGCAGUACCUAGACUGCCAAGACUGCAGCAAAAUCUUUCAGACCAAGCACAGAAAAAUGCUGUCAUCUGUGAAAAGCUUUUCAAACCAGUUUUUUCCCUUCAAAAUAAGCAUUCUUGAACCUUCAGAUGCCUCAUAUUGUUCUCACAUCACAGAAUUGAUUGCCAUGUUGUUGUUUGUAAAAUAAAUUUGAGCUCUUUGCUGAUCUAUAGCACUGCCCUCAUGAUUUUCUCGCCCAGGAUGUCUGUGCUAGCCUUGUUGGGGGUGUUAAAAAGGGGUGAAAUUAUGUCUGAUGUUUAAAGCCAUUUUUUGUUCAGAUCAGCAGAAAAAGAGGUAGUGUUUACUUCAGUUCCAUAUGGUUCCAUCUAUUUUUACAGAUGGCUUUAAUGUGUUCAUAGUGUUCAAAUUUUGUAUUGUAAUGGUAUUUAUUUCUCUCUUUUUUUGUACACCACUACAAUAUUUUUGAAUUGUGACUGUUUUACAAGUUCUUUAAAUAAAUGGUAAAAUAAUAUAUAAAUGGAUUCCUGUUCUUUUGCUGAAUCUGUUUGUUUUGUUCUAGGAGAAUGCAAAUGAACAAAUAACCAAAAACGCCAGCUAGAGGAUCAAGCACAAUAACAGUGUCAAUUCUGAAAUAAUUCAGUUGGGGGAAUGAAUGGGUAGCUUUGUUACAUGACCAUACAUACCUUUGUUAUGAACUGCCUAUUAUUAUUAUUAUUAUUAUUAUUAUUAUUAUUAUUUCAGUUUGUUACCUGCCCUUCACCUUAAGGUCCUAGGAUAGGCUACAACUAUUUAAAAUGCAGCUUAAUGCAGUUUAAAAAUUUACAGUUAAAAGUACUGAUGUCUUUGCUGCCCAUGACUCCUUUGGAAGGGAGGCAAGGAUAUGAAUUUAAUAAAUAAAUAAUAAAAUAAUAUUGUGGAACCCUUUGGGACCCCAUAAUAUAAGUGCUGUAGGUUGGCACACUAACUUCCCCUUUGGGACUAGCCAUACAACGAGGAGCAGACUCAUAAUAUCACCAUGCUUCAAUUAAUCUAGCCAGUCCAGGAGGAUAGUCAGAUCUAUGGUAGCAAUGGCUGUUUGAGAGGACCAGGAGAAUCAAUAAGGUCUCAGUACCCAAUCUCUCUUCUAGCACAGGUAAUCUAAUUAAAUGAAAAGUAUGAAGUCAGUGUGUGCUAUCAUGCUUUUUCAUGUGUAAAAAAGAAUAAACUAUUUUUGUUUGCUAUUACAUAUGCAUGUUUGAUAAGUAGUAAGUUCCAGUGAAGGAGUUGCUUCCUAGUAACCGUGCUUAGGACAGCAGCAUUUCUAUAGCAUCUUAAAGGACUUAUUUAUAAACCUCCAUCUACUAUGUAGAGUGUACUUGAAGGGAAUUGAAUAGCCACUUUAUUUUUAUCAGGCAACAAGUGCUUUCAGGAUUUAUGAAGUAGUUCUGUAUGUGUUUGCAGAGCAGCUAACAUGGAACACCUUUGUAGUAGUAGAGCUAGGAAGGCGAUUGAUUCUUGUUGGGAUUAGUUGGCUGAAGCCAAAUAUAAAUAGUAAGACUCAAGUUCCAUUAUGCAGGAAAUCAAGAAUCUCUAUUAUUUCGGUGCCAGCUGGAGAUGAGGGAAACAGGAGGUUACCAGAGAACAAAACAUGCCUGCUGACACAUCCCUUCUUUGCUUAACCUGUCUCUGUGAACAGUUUCAUGAAGUAGUUGGGAAGAGAGCAAAGUACUUUGAUGGUUGAUGCUGGAACAGAGUUCCUGAAAGCUUGUCACCUGAUUAAUGGCUGUUUUGUAACAGUAUGUGCUGCAGUCCUGAUUGUUGGAAAUGUUUGCCUGCUUUUGUUUGCUCAGCAGGCACCAAAGCUUAAAGGGAAUUUUUUACCCUGGAGCGAAGUUGGUGAAGGAAAAAAUGUAAGGGGUGGGGGGUGGGGAGGACCUAUCACUGACAAUGUUCAGUUUAUGUGCUGCUGUAAAAGAAUUAAUAUUGCAUAAGCUCUGAUUUUGUUAGAUACUCUCUCUUUUUUUGCACAAUUUUAUGUCCCCUGCUGCAGUAAGCACCUUUCUUGUUCUUCUGCAAUGAAGUUACAACUAAUAGGUCUGUGAGCUGUGAGUCUGGGGUUUAAGAAAUGGCAACAUUCCAAUAGUCUUGGCUGACGAUUGAGAAUGUAAGUUUUCAAAUACUAUAUUCUAAAAGGUUAAGGAAAGUAAUUCUUCAAUUAUGAAACGCAUGCUUUUAAAAUUACAGAUUAUAGUUUCUAGUAGUCUUAGUUUCUCAAGCAGCAUCAAUUUGUAACAAAUCCAAAAUAUAAAUGUAGAAUUAGUGAAUUAGUGGAACAUCUCUUCCUGCUAUGAUUUGGCAUCCAAGCAUGCUUUUGCAAAUAGUAGGCAUAUUGUAUUAACUGCCUCCAAUUCCCCCUCCCCUUUUCAAUGCUGUGCAAUUUGUCCGGUCCCUGAACUUCACUGGAGCUUUUAGUAACCAGUGACUUUCAUCAUAACCAGUUGCAUUCUGAGGCAAGAAGCACAAAUGGCCAGGGGGGGAGAGAGUAAAAGGAAUACAGUGGUACCUUGGGUUACAUAUGCUUCAGGUUACAUACGCUUCAGGUUACAUUCGCUUCAGGUUACACACUCCGCUAACCCAGAAAUAGUGCUUCAGGUUAAGAACUUUGCUUCAGGAUAAGAACAGAAAUCGGGCUCCAGCGGUGCAGCAGCAGCAGGAGACCCCAUUAGCUAAAGUGGUGCUUCAGGUUAAGAACAGUUUCAGGUUAAGAACGGACCUCUGGAACGAAUUAAGUACUUAACCCAAGGUACCACUGUAUAGACUGCCAAAAGGAGAACAUCAUUCAUGUUUGCAAAAUAUUGUUCUUUGCUGCUAUGCUGUUAAAGAUGAAAACUUACCUGGCCAUGGUGUUCAAAACAGCAAACAUUUUUAAAAUUAUUUCACUUCAGUUCAGAGCUUAGUGUAGGGUAGGAAGAAGUAAACCCAUCCCCCUCCAUGCAGAAACACAGGCUGGUUUCUCUGGAUGCUUUGAACUUUAAGGGAUAUUUAAUUUCUCCCAUUCCACUAAUAUGCUGUGGCAUAUGGUACUCUAAAGAAACUUGCCCAUAUUGGAGUCAAAUAACCAGAAGCAGGCAGGUUGUAAGGGUUAUGGAUCCAAAUCUGUCCAGGUUGUUUUCUACUUCCUACCAGGUUGGGGAGUCCCUGAAGUUAUUUGUUUAUUCAUUUAUUGACGUUUGUAGGUCAGCCAGCUGCAGGAGGGCAAAGUAUUAACCCCAAAGACAAGACCACCAUGGAAAAACUGCCUAUUUAUGUAACAGAGAAAAAGCAGUUAAGUAUUAGUAUUCAAGCCUUUGUGUCCACCCUCUUCUUUACAAGGGAGUUUAUGCCACCGUAGAUUGGCUGCAAUCCAGUAAGACAGUCCCACACAUACAAACGGAGUUUUCCCGUUUUCAGCAAUGGAAGGGGAGAUAGCUCUGUGUAUUAUCCGGCUACGUUAGAAAUGGUAUUGGGCCACUGUAAAGUGGUCGCUUUUUCAAUUCCUCUAUGCAGUGCAUAGAGUGCAGCAAUACUUUACAGGCCGGUUCUUGUAUAGAAAAGCACUUUGAUUUUGUUUGUGUACAAACUGCAAGGUGGCCAUUAUAAACUGCAUCCAGUGUGGUAUUCAGCCACAAACUGAAAAGAAAAAGUAUGUGAACAAGACUUAAAAGAAUUUUGAAACGCAUUUUCUUGUUCAGAGCAAUGUUCUUUAACAGUAUUGAUAAUAUGUCUCACUUUCUCAAUAGGUUAUUUAAAAUUCAAGCUAUAUUUUAGUUUUAUCAUGGGGGGCAUAUUUAAUAUCUGUGUCACAAAUACAUAGCUGGGGAGGAAACUGCACUAUGAAGGUGUUCUAAGAAAUCUACUAUUUACAGUCCAGGGAAACUAAUCAUGUGGCCCUCUAAACUGUUUUAAGUUUAAGACCUCUUCAGGACUUAGACACCACCUGGUGGUCUGUUGAGAUCUACUGGAAGCAACUAAAGUGUUACCAACCCAAGCUAACAUCUGACUCAGAAGUGAUGAUUCUUAUACAAGGGUGUACCUUGCAACAUGGCAAUUAGAAAUUACAUAUUACCGUACUUUUCCGUGUAUAAGACUAUGUUUUUUUUUACUCUAAAAUAAUGUUCAAAAUCUGGGCUCAUCUUAUACACGGAUAGUAUCUCCCCCCAUUUUCUUAAAUCGGAGUCCCAAAAAAUAGGGGGGGGCCUUAUACAUGGUCUUAUAGGCAGAAAAAUACGGUACAUUGAUGGUCCCCCAAUGUUGCCUUGAUUUACUAGCCGACUGUUAAUUGUGAUUGCAACUGACCAGUCCCCUCCUUCCCCCUCCUCAAAAACACAGGGAACUUUGAGAUGUGGUGGAGUCUGUCUUUCACUUAGCACUAGGCUUUAGAGCAGUGUUUCUCAAACUUGGGUCUCUAGCUGUUGUUGGACAACAACUCCCAUUACUGCUUCCUCACUAGGCAAUCCCCUAGUCUUUCCCUAGAUUCUGCGGUUAAAUUCAGAGUGCUUGAAGAAUUAGAAGGGUCUUUUCUCAGUUUGUGCUGAGCUUACCUAGCACAAAGAUCUUCCUUACAGAGUUUUUUGCAAUACAUAAAUAACUUAUGGGAAUUUUGUGGGGAAUUUUGUGCCAGGCCAGUUGUGGUCACCAGAGGGGAAAAAGCUAAUUGUCACUGAAAUGCAGAUUUUAGAUUGAGAACCAAACAGAUGUGAAAGAUACUUAGGACAAGAUUGACUGAGGUGGCCCUUCUCAGUGAUUGCUAAUUUGCAGUAGGUAUUUCAAACAGCCAAAAAAGUUCAUGACCCAAAUAAUCAACAUUUGUUAUGCCUAAGUCUUUUAUAUUCCGACCAUACUGCAAGUAGAAAGUGAAUGGAUUGUCAUAAAUUGUUGUUUAAUUUUUUGAGCAUUUUUCAUCUGGCAUGCCCUCCAAGUGGUAUGAUUAAAAUGAACAUAAGAUUUACAGAAUCCCAAGAUACAAUUAAAACCAACAAUAAAGCAAUCACAAUAAGUAUAACAUAUAAAAAAAGGCUAAAGGCUAAAAAAAAAGUUCAUCUAAAUCUUAAGUCUUGAUUAAUCUUACGUGAUUAUAUGGAUGUUGACUUUUAAGUGAUUGAUGUCCUAAAGAAAUCACAUUAAAUAAAUAAAAAUAAAAACACAGAAGCUAAUAAUCCUUUUAAAAGGCAUGAAAAUGUGCAUAUUGUACAACUCUUCCCCACCCUUGAUUGCUCUUUGUCAUGUCACAGGAUUCUAAAUCCAUGUCUUCUCUGUAAUUGUCCAUGCUUGUAAGGUCAAUUUGAUGGCUUGUUCUUAAAUGCCAUUAAAUCUCUCCUGGCUUCUUAUUGUUCCAGGUGAAGAGAAUAAUCCAGAUUGAAGCAUGA